CCCGGCCAGAAGAAGCGAUGCGGCGGCGGCGUCUGCUGCGCGCUCCGAGGGCGCGCCGACCCGGGAGCUGCUGAGGCGCUGCGCCGGCUAUUGUUGCAGGCGCCGGGGGCUCCUCUGUCUCUCCCUCUUCGCGGGGUGAUGCCGGGGAAGCCGUUGAACUUGGGCGGCUGCUGACAGGAGGCGGCCCAUGUGCAGCCCUCGGGGCCGGGCACGCCGACGGGCCGCGGCCGGCAGGAGCGGUAAGUGGCUGCGCUGCCGCCGCCGGGGCUGGGCUGGUUAGGGACGCGGCUCCCGCUGGAGCUGGAGGAGGGGAGGGAGAGACGGAGAGGAGGAGGAGGAGGAGGAGGAAAAAGCCGCUUCCCUCUCUCCAUUGCUCCUCCUUUCCCUUCGCGCGGGUCCCUUCCUCUUUCACUCUUUUUCUCCCUCGCUUCUUCACCUUCUCGCCCAUCUUUUCUGCCUCCCCCUCUUCACGCUCCCCCCGUUCCUCUCUCUCUCUCAGCACAGUUUCUUCCUUCCCUCCUUUUCAACUUUCGCUUUUCCUUCUUUCUUCCCGCAUUCCUUUCAUUUUUAAAAAAUGGGGGGCGGCGCCCCUCUCUCAUUUGAACAGGAUUUAGAAUGCAAUGCGUGGCAAAGGGAAGGAUUUGGGGCAUUUUAGUUGUGUUUGUGCGCACGUGUGUAUUUUGCAUUUUUGGGGUUUUUUUAAAAAAAAUAUAUCUCUGGUAUAAAUACUUUCCAAGAAACACUUUUUCUUUUGCUACAGUGAGCGAGGGAGAGGAAUGCACCUUGCUCGGCUGAGUGAUUCAUCAUACCCGUAGCGUCUUGCGGGCAUGGCUUCUUUGCUUUCAUGUGCAGGGAUAAUAAAUCAGACAUAUAAACCUGUAGAAGUCCUUAGAGUUUCCAACGCCGGUGAAUUGCUAGCAGAUGAGAGUGAAAUUCUAUCGGAUUUCUCUUGGAGGCUUCAUCAAAGUACCCUUUUUUUUGGUGGGGGGGGAGCAAAUCAAACUGCCCACCCUGCUAAUGUAAAUGUGGGUCAAGUUGACAAAUGACCUUUUAAUUAUUGGUUUUUAAAGGUGUAUAUUUAAUUAGAGGACACAGAUUGAAUGUAUACCAUACCCCAUUUCUUUUUUUUUUUUGCAGUGCAUUUGCAACUGAUGCAAUAAGGACAGCAUUUAAAAAAAAAAAAAGCCAGGAGGAAUGCAUUUAAUUAGCUAGGGGUAGUCAUUCUGCUGCUGCUAAAAGGGCAACGAGGCUUCAUUUCUGCAAGAGAGGCCAGGAGAUCAUUUUCUAGGGUGGGGGAUGUGGGUUAGGAAGGAGUUUUGUUAGUGAUGCAGUGGCUAGCAUGCCUGCAGCAAGUGGCAGAGGCAGUGCAUAGAACUGUAGAGUUGAAUGGGACCCUGUGAGUCAUCUAGUCCAACCCUCAUGUUUGGGGGAGGGCCUGGAUAAUAGGAGGUGUGUGGGGGACUGACCGUUACACAGAGUGAGGUCUGUGGUGCUAUCUGCCUAGAUCACUGUAGGGAAAACCACAGGAAAGCACAAGGAGACUGUAAAAGAAAAAAGAGGAAAGAUACCACACUCUCACUUAGAGUGGUGGGCUUUGAUGUGGGAGACUGGUUGAAAUUUCUGUUCAUAGCAGUAGAUCUCAGCCUGAUCUACCUCGCAAGGCUGUCCAGGGGAUGAAGAAUCCCGACCCACGCAAAGUGAGGCACUUACAAAUCACACGGAUACAGAUAAGAAAGAGUUAUGUAGUCCUCCAAACUCCACGUUCCUUGGAGUAAUACCCAUUGAAUACAAUGUAGUUUAUUCAUGAAUAGACUUGAUUAGAAUUGCAGCAGCAAGCACAGCGCCACCUCCCCCAACUCACUGAACCUCUUGAAGUUUGCUAAAAUGUGCAUAUUGCUGAAAUGCUUUAUUAGCCUGAUUUUGUCCAUUCCUCAAAAUAGGUCACUGGUUACAUUUUACAGGUGGGAAACGGAGGCUUUGUUUUGGCCAAAACCCAUCUAGUGAAUUUGUGGCUGAGUAGCUAAUGUGAAGUCUGAUCUCCCAGUUCCAAGUUCAACAGUCUGACAAUUUGUAAUGGGAGUGUAUCAAAGUGUUUUGGGAUUGAUUUCAAGAGAUUUCUUCCCAAUAGGAAGUUCUAUGUUGUUUUUACUGUCCAUGUUAGAACAUCUCUCUGCUUCCACCGCCCCCUUUCCUGGUCUCUCACCCUUGCCAUCCACCCUAAAUAGCCUGAACACAGCAUACAGCCUUCAGCCUACAGGUUGUCCACCUCUGAAUUAAGCCUAAGAACUCUACAUGAUUAGACAAUUCAGUUUCCAACAAAAUAGUCUGAGAUUUCACUCGUUUGUUAGCAUUUGGCAAUCAGUGCAAACAAUGCCGCUUCUGAGUUGCAAUUAAUGUGUCAUCUGCCUACUGAAAGCUUUACAACAGGUGUUGUGGGGGGAGAACCCCAGAACUGGGAUCUGAAUGUGGCCCUCCAUGCCUCUCUGCCUGGCCCUUGGAACAUUCCCUUAGGCCACACCAUUCUCUGGUUUGCUUUGCAGCCCACGGAUUUGGCUGGAUUCUAUGAUUCCAUGUGUCCUUGAAGUUAUAAGGACUUGCUUGUCUGGAUGGAGGCUAGAGACAGGUGUGUGUGUGUGUGUGUGUGUGUGUGUGUGUGUAGACCCCGCUGGACAAAGAUAAUGUUUAUAUUGGUUGCUCUGCCCACUUUUGCCAAUGGCCCAGCCCACUUUGGAAGCUCAUUGAGAAGGGGAUGUGGCUCUAGGGCCAAACGAGUACAGUGGUACCUUGGCUUACAUAUGCUUCAGGUUACAUACGCUUCAGGUUACGGACUCCACUAACCCAGAAAUAGUACCUUGGGUUAAGAACUUUGCUUCUUGAUGAGAACAGAAAUUGUGCAGCAGCGGCGGCAGGAGGCCCCAUUAGCUAAAGUGGUGCUUCAGGUUAAGAACAGUUUCAGGUUAAGAACAGACCUCCGGAACGAAUUAAAUACUUAAUCCGAGGUUCCACUGUAUCUCCAACCCUGGUUUGCAAGCUUGUUCAAUCUGUUUAUGCCAUUUUUCUGAUCUUCCAUGUUUGUCACAAUUGAAAAUCUCUGUUCACAACAAUACACAGUGGUACCUCGGUUUUCAAACGUAAUCCCUUCCGGAAGACUGUUCAACUUCCGAAACGUCUUAAAACCAAAAACUCAAUACCGAAGCCUCAGACUGUAUGGAAAACUCAAACAGGAAGCCGCCUCAGAAGUUCGAUUUCCGAGGCACGUUUGAAAAUGGAAGCGUUUACUUCUGGGUUUCCGGCAUUCAAAAACUGAAACGUUUGGCUUCCGAAAUGCUCAAAAACCGAGGUACCACUGUAUCAUGGAGAACUGUAGAAGAACAGCCAAUGCUCUUGAAGAGAAGUAUGGAUACUGUUUCUGGUUGUAUAUACACAUUAUUUUGACACUGUGUUUGAUACUAAACAUUAUUUUGGUGCUACACUUUACUGAAAUGUUUAAAGGUUCCUUUGAUUGUCGUUGAAUCUUCCUGCCACCCUUGCCAUCCUCUCCUGCCACUUCCUUUGAGAGCCACUUCUUUAAGGUCUCUGGCAGCCAUCUUUGCCAUCAGCUGCUACUUGACAUCAGUUUAUCUGGCAGCGUUGGGGAGCCACCUCAAGACCCUUCUAAAUGCAGAGCAUGCGCUCGGCCACUGAGUUCCUGCACUCUUCCUUUCUUGCUUCUUGCCAAAUAUUCUGAUUUUCCACAAACUCCAGCCUGGCUAGCAGAGCAAAUUAAUGCAAUUUAGGCAAAUUAGUUCGAUUUAAAUAAAUGUAAACAUAGGUUUUGGAUUUCCUUGGCGCACACUGGGUUCGCGCACACACAAUGUGCACACAACGGCCUGCAAUUGUUUUAACAAGGGCUGUGCGGGGGAAGAAUGUCGAGAUUAAGCUUUUAAUUAAAAUACUUUCCAGUGGAUUUGCACAUGAAAGGCUGGCUAAUGAGAUACAGUUUUGCUCAGAUGUGAUUGAAUACCUUUCCUUUUGUUUCCCCUGACAUUUCCUCCUUUUGAUUCAUUUAGAUGACUCUCUUAGUUGCAAAUGUCUGUGUCGUGAUUACAGUAAGCACUUGUCAUAAUCUACAAAUUUUCUAAUAUUUCAGCCCACUGGGGAGAGAGAGGGGGAGUGUGUUUGUGUGCGAGUGUGAAAUGAGGGAGUUGCCACUCCAAUCUGUUUUGGACUGAUGGGAUGUUUGUCCCAAGUAGCAAACCUACAGAGGGUGCCAAGCGGUUAGCUACGCCAGGAAAAGAAGCAUUUUUUGGAGGGUGAUGGAGAUCAUGGACUACAACAUGGUUCUGGGAUCACAAAGAGGAGGCUGCAGCUAAUGUUUGGGGCAGGGACAGGAGGUGGGAAGGUGCCUAGGAAGGAGAAGGUGCUUCAACAGGUUAGGAAGGAAGGCAGGAAAGAGUUCCCAAAUGCCGAAUGUGUGCAUUAUAUUUUGUGUCUGCAUUUGUAAAUUUGUAAAUCAGCCUCUAGACCCAUGGUUCCCAACAUGGGGCACACGGGGGGGGGGGGAUUUGAUUUUUAAAGGGGGCAAUUUGAGAAUGUGUUAUUAACAGUGAAUUUUAUGCAUUCCUUAUGGUUCUAGGGGCCUCGUAUACCGAAUAUAAAUACAGUGGUACCUCAGGUUACAUACUCUUCAGGUUACAUACGCUUCAGGUUACAGACUCCGCUAACCCAGAAAUAGUGCUUCAGGUUAAGAACUUUGCUUCAGGAUGAGAACAGAAAUCAUGCUCUGGUGGCGCGGUGGCAUCGGGAGGCCCCAUUAGCUAAAGUGGUGCUUCAGGUUAAGAACAGUUUCAGGUUAAGAAUGGACCUCCGGAACAAAUUAAGUACUGUAUUUUUUGCUCUAUAAGACUUACUUUUUCCCUCCUAAAAAGUAAGGGGAAAUGUGUGUGCGUCUUAUGGAGUGAAUGCAGGCUGUGCAGCUAUCCCAGAAGCCAGAACAGCAAGAGGGAUCGCUGCUUUCACUGCGUGGCGAUCCCUCUUGCUGUUCUGGCUUCUGAGAUUCAGAAUAUUUUUUUUCUUGUUUUCCUCCUCCAAAAACUAGGUGCGUCUUGUGGUCUGGUGCGUCUUAUAGAGCGAAAAAUACGGUACUUAACCUGAGGUACCACUGUAUAAAUAUAUCAUAUUUUUCUGUCUAUAGGAUGCCCCCGUGUAUAAGACACCCCCCCCCCAUUUUGGGGGGACUCAAUUUUAGGAAAAUGAGGGGAGAUGGCCCAAGGUUGUUGAGCCUCUCCCCCCAUGCCGCUGGGGGCAGGAAACACUUCCGAGAUCGUUUCCUGCGCACAGCGGCAUUGGGGGAAUUUGUGCUCCCACCAGCCAUUGCGCUCUGAUGCCGCCGCUGCCACACAGGAAACAGUCCAGAGAGCGCCCACUGCAUGCAGCAGCAUCGGGGGAGGUUGCACUCCGGGAGCACAACCUCCCCCGAUGCCGCCGCGCAUGGGAAACAACCCAGGGAGCACCUGCCGUGCGAAGUGGCAUUGGGGGGAGUUGCGCUCCUGCCAACGAACUGGCUGGUGGCGCACAGCUUCUCCCCCCCCCCCAUGCCACUGUCCGUGUAUUGGACAACCCCAGUUUUUUGACGUGAUUUUUGAGUCAAAAAACCUCAUCCGAUACACGGAAAAAUACGGUGCGUUCAUACACACGCACACGCACACAUAUACACACACUUUCAUCGAUGCCAUGUUCUUUGGAAACUUGUUUAGACCACUAAGUUCAUGGCCUUUUAGGCUUCCUCCACGAAAAUAGGAGUUCACUUUUUGAAUAAUAAGAAUUAUAUGUCUUGUGGAAGGGGCAUCAGGAUUUUAGAGAUGCUUAGGUGGGGCAUGGCCAAAAAAAGGUUGGGAACCACUGCUGUACACAUACACAGUCAUACCUUGGAAGCUGAAUGCCUUGCAAGUUGAACGUUAUGGCUCCUGAACGCCGCAAACCCGGAAGUCAGUGUUCCGGUUUGUGAACGUUCUUUGGAAGCUGAAUGUCCGACGCGGCUUCCAUGGCUUCCAAUUGAGUGCAGGGAGCUCCUGCAGCCAAUCGGAAGCUGCACCUUGGUUGUUGAACGUUUUCAGAAGUCGAACGGACUUCCGGAACGGAUUCCGUUCAACAACCAAGGUAUUACUGUACUGGGAAGCAUGUCCCAAAGCAGCCGAUGAAGCUUAGCAAGAUUGCAUAUAGGUUCAAGAAGGACACUGUCAAACUGGAACGUGUCCAGAGGAGGGCAACCAGAAUGGUCAAAGGCCUGGAAACGAUGCCUUAUGAGGAACGGCUAAGGGAGCUGGGCAUGUUUAGCCUGGAGAAGAGGAGGUUAAGGGGUGAUAUGAUAGCCAUGUUCAAAUAUAUAAAAGGAUGUCACAUAGAGGAGGGAGAAAGGUUGUUUUCUGCUGCUCCAGAGAAGUGGACACGGAGCAAUGGAUCCAAACUACAAGAAAGAAGAUUCCACCUAAACAUUAGGAAGAACUUCCUGACAGUAAGAGCUGUUCGACAGUGGAAUUUGCUGCCAAGGAGUGUGGUGGAGUCUCCUUCUUUGGAGGUCUUUAAGCAGAGGCUUGACAGCCAUAUGUCAGGAGUGCUCUGAUGGUGUUUCCUGCUUGGCAGGGGGUUGGACUCAAUGGCCCUUGUGGUCUCUUCCAACUCUAUGAUUCUAUGAUUAAGCCUUCCUUAUUGUAGGUUGAUGAAACUUGAACAUAACCUGCUGCCUGAAGUUAUUGAGGGCCUUUUGUAUCAUUAUAAAGACCUGAAGGGUAUCGUGCUCAUAAAUGCUGCAAUUGGCUUUUCAAUAGCAUAAGGAGAAGUAGCAAUUUUUGUUUUGGCAACUUUGUCUUUCCUUGAUUGUCAUGGUGUUUGCUGCCCUGGGCUCCUUCGGGAGGAAGGACAGGAUAUGAAUUCAAUAACAAAUACCCCCAAAGCAACACAUUAUAUGUCUUUCCUUCCCCGCUCUAGUUUAACUAGAGCUGUCAAGUUUUUCGUUUAUUAUUUUAUGUCUGUGUACCCCAGCUUCUGGGUGACUGACAAUAAAGCUGAACAAAUACUCAAAAAAGCCCACAUGAAUUUUAAAAAACCCCAGCGUUAUGAAAGACCUUUAAAAUCUUCCUUCGAACUAAUUUAUCAAUUAUCUACUAGGUUAAAUCAAAAUAAUCUGGAUGAUUCCAAAAGCUUGGCAAAGGUUCCCUUUUGAGAAACUGGAAGGGACUGUGAGUUCUCAAGCAAUCCUUUUUUAAAAAUCUUUUUUAUUGAUUUUCCAAUAAAAACAGCCAAUCAACAUAUCCACAUCAUAAUCCAAUUAAAAACAAUAAACUAAAAUAAAAAAGAACCAAAUUACACUCCAAAUUGUUAAUUAUUUAUUUUUCUGGGCUCCCCAUAGUCUGGACUUCUGAAGAAUUAUCUCCAAUAUCUUCGUUCCUGCAAGUUCUCAAGCAAUCUAAUAAACCAAGCAUGAGGAUCCUCAUGCUCCCCUGGCCAACAGGGUUCUCCACAGCCAGACAUCUUCCCCAGCUUUCCUUUGCGCCCUCCAUGAGUGUUUUUGCAAGUACUCUGGUGAUGCCUCUUGCUUGCCUGGGUGGGGGGUAGAUAGGGGGUUGUGUAAUGUGUAGAACUGAGCCUACUGAACAAAGCUAAAAUGCUGCUUCAUUGCUCCACCUUCUUUUUGCCUCUGGCCCUGCCUUCCACUUGCAUGUGGCCCCUGAAAGGGUAGCCUAGAGAAAGGAAUGCCACCCCCAUAGCUGUCAUCUUACAGAUUUGAAAAUAAGGGGCCAGCAGCCUCAAAAAUAAGGGACCAGCAGCCAAAAUAAGGGAUUUUCCAAGCACAGGUAUGUUCAACUUCUGAGCCCCUCCAAGCCAAAGGCAGAAAGCCCAGCCAGCAGCCAAACGAAGCCUCAAGCGGUGGUUCCCACAGCACAGCAACCCGGCAAAGAGGAUGCAGCAAGGAAAACCACCGUCACCUCUCUGCUGGGAAGCGCUGAGCAAUGGCGAGUCCCCAGGCAACGCGGCCGAUUUGAUCGGCACAAGGCAUGCAAGGUCCACCCCCCAGUCGUUCUUAGACUCCUUAUUGGGUGAGCAACGCAGCCAAGCAACACAAUUGGAGCUUCCCUCCUGCCUGGCCGGCAGGCAGGGAGGGAGAGGAGCUGCUUCCUUUGAAACCCGGGAAAUUUAAGGGACAUCAUCAGUAAGGGACAGCAGCGGGACACGGCGCUGGGAUAAGGGACUUUCCUGCCAAAUAAGGGAUGGUUGACAGCUAUGGUCCUUCCCCCCCCCGGCUGAAAAGGGCUCCCCACCAUUGCGAUAAACACAAGCUUCUGCUCAUGGACCUGCUUUGCACAAUACUGCCACUAAGGCAAACCAUGGCUUUGCAGCAUGAUGCUGCGAUUUUCCCUCGCUGGUUCAUGCGGCUUAGUCAUGGUUUGGGGAACCCAGGCCAACCCCUUAGACCUGUUUGUUCCUGCUUGUUCCUUUGCUUUCCUGCCCUGCUCACUAUGUCUUGCUCUGCUGGGAUUUUGGCUUUUGCCUCAAUCUUGUUUUCCCGGGUUGUUGUCUCCUGCUAGUUGAGACGUAUUGCACUACCUCAGUAUUUUGGGACUUUUUACCCUAGGCCUGCCUGGAGCCACCCCAUGUCCUGAACUGGUUAUCUGGAUUUGGUGGAGUCUUACCCCAUCUCACUGGGGCCCUGAUCUAGCAAAACGAAUAAAUAAAACCCGGAUCCAACCUGCAGAGCAGCCCAGGUAGUUUACAAAGAGCUUUGGCAUCUUAAGUGGCUUAGCGGAGUUUAGGGUCUUCUUCCUGUCAGUGUUUUGCAGGGCAGCUGCUAAUUAAUGAGUCCUGGUCAUCUUCCUCGUGUCCACCCUGCUUCUCUUCUCUCCUUGCAGGCUUUGCCUCUCACUUUAUUAAGAAACUGGCCUUGCUCUUUUACUAGAAAUAAACACUGACAGUGAUGGCUGCUUAAUAGGAUUUGGCUGGCAGGUUGCAAUGAGGGGGAAGGGUUCUAAGUGCAGUUGGCAGCUAUGAGGGAUGAGAAAGUUUGAAAAGAAGCCAAGCAAGAAGUGUGAUCUUUCUCUUCCCCUGUCCUCGACUACCACGCCCAACUUACUUUGCAGGCGUAUUCCCCACAACAAGGGAAGACUAACAGAAGGGUGGGCGCCUUAUAUACAGAGCCAUCUUUCCCAUUGAUCUUAGUGGUUCGUUGCGCCAGGGCGCCGGCCUCUCAGGGGCGCCCUAGUGAGUGGGGGAGCUGCGCAGCUUUGGCGGCAGCCUCCCCUUUCCCUGCAUGCCCAACAGCUGCGCCCCGCCAACUAUAUGGCUGGCAGGCAUGCAGCUUCCUUCCUGAGCCUCCUCAGGAGGAGAGCGAUCCCCGCAGAGGCCUCUGUAUCUGAUAAAGAUGGCCCUGCUCCUGGUCGUUGUCUCCUCCUGCUUCCUGACAAAAGGCGGCACGCAGCCUUCCCGGGCACCCUGACGCCGGAAAACAUGUCCACCAGCACGUUUUCCUGCUUGAUCGUCGCCACCACGCUGGCAAUCGGGGCGGUGGGGGUGGCAGAGGACAUUUUCCACCGCCCCCUCCCUUGUUUUGGAGUUGCCGGGGGGGGGGGCGCUGGAGGGAUCUUUGCACCAUGGCGCCUGAUAUGCUUAAGACGGCCCUGCUUAUAUACAGUCAUACCUCGGGUUAAAGUCGCUUCAGGUUAAGCGUUUUUAGGUUACACUCCGCGGCGACCCGGAAGUAACAGAACACAUUACUUCCACAUUUCGCCGCUCGCGCAUGCGCAGAUGCUCAAAACGACCUCACGUGCAUGCACAGAAGUGGUGAAUCGUGAUCCACGCACGCGCAGAUGUGGGUUGCGUUCUGCUCAGGAUACGAGCGGGGCUCCAGAACGGAUCCCGUUCUCAUCCAGAGGUACCACUGUAUCUUCUUUAUGGCUAUAUGGAGAACUGCACCCUAUCAUUUAGCAUAAGAAUGUAAAUAAAGCUUGCUGAAUCAGGCCAGUGGCCCAUCUUGUCCAGCAUUCAGUUCUCACCGUGGCCAACCAGAUGCCUGGGGGAAACCAGCAAGCAGGAUUUGAGCACAAGAAGAAGAAGAAGAAGAGUUUGGAUUUGAUAUCCCUCUUUAUCACUACCCGAAGGAGUCUCAAAGUGGCUAACAAUCUCCUUUCCCUUCCUCCCCCACAACAAACACUCUGUGAGGUGAGUGGGGCUGAGAGACUUUCAGAGAAGUGUGACUAGCCCAAGGUCACCCAGCAGCUGCAUGUGGAGGAGCAGGGAAUCGAACCCAGUUCACCAGAUUACGAGUCCACUGUUCUUAACCACUACACCACGCUGGCUCUCCCCUCCAGUGUUCUGCAAAGAUGCCACAUGGUACAACAUGAUUUGUAGAGAGCCAUCAGCGCACAUGCUGCCUAGUGGGUUUUUCAGCAGAGUUCUUACCCUCGAGGACAGUACGAGAAAGGGGAGGCAAACUUGGGUGUGUGAUGAAUGUGUGAAAAUGUGAUUACCACCUCCCUGAUUUCUGACAAUGGGGAAUCAAAACCAAAUGGGGGAGUUUUUCACCUUUAUGACCUGUGGUGGUUCUGAUGAGUUGUGCUUCUUUGUCCCAUUGCUGAGAUUUCCAUUAAUUUUUCUUCCAAUACUUUCUACUUUGCUAGAACUUAGUGGAAAUUAGAACCAACAACUCCUGCCCCUCCUUCUGUGCCUUCUAAAAUUAGCUCCUUUAUGUCAAUUCCUAUAGUUACAACAACCACCUUCCUGGUAGUAAAAGGAACAUGAAAUGCCCAACAAACCCAUCUGGCUUAGGCCAUUCAUGCCCUGCUAGACCAGAACCCUAUACUGUAAUUCAUUAUUUUUGAAGUUUUAAAGGGACAGGGCAAAUUCUUAGGCUUUUCAACUUGGCAGAGCAAAACUGCGAGUUUGAGCUCCUUCUUUUUAGAGAUAGGUUUCUGCAUCAUGGCAGCAGUAUUUAAGAAGUACUGAACAAUUUCCCCCCUUCAGUCUGCAGAAGUCAAUUUUCAUAGUAUUUUUCCCCUGUGUUUUGUAAAUGACACUUAAGCAUUUAGUAUGGAAAGACAAAAUCUAUGAUUCUAAAACUAAGGUCGGUUCCAGGUGACCUGUUUCUUGUGCAUUCAUUCUGAUUUGUUUGCACAAUGUUUGUGGAGAGGUUAGAUGACGUGGGCAUUCAUUCUGGUUCAUUUUCAGGGAGAUGAGGCACUUUUCAUCAAGCAACUGUUAUCCCACACUCUUGAGUGCGCUUUUUUUAUUGCAAACUGUACAAUUUGGCAGGUGGGUGGCAGGUUUGUUGCGUAUGAGCCUAGAGGUUUUGAUGAUGAAGCAGCAUACAAACCCUGUUAAAUAUGAAAUAAAUAAGAGCACUAAAUCAACUUUUAUAGGGCCAUCUGAAUUUGCCAGUAUGUGCUUAUUUAUUUAUUUACCGUAUUUCAUGAAAUUACACACACGACUUGAUUGUAAAAGACCUCAAAGUGGUUUUUCGGGUAGAAUUCAAUCUGGAAGUGACUUAAGUGUAGGGAAAGCUCAAUACUAAAUGAGUUGUAGAUUCAUUGAUCCUCUGUGAGUGUUUUGAGGCUGGAAGAACACAUUAAAAUUUCUUGUAUCAGGCACUGGGAUGCAGAAGCAGGGAGGUAUAGCUUUAGGGAACUGGUCAUAGAAUCAUAGGAUUGUGAAUUGGAAAAGACCUAUUGUAUGUUAAUGUGUGUAGCAGUUCAUCCUUUGCAUGUCGGGAUCACCUGGUUUUUAGUAAUAAUGCAGCAAAGUAGAGUUAAAAUAUCUUAAUCUUCAUUCUCUUGCUCUUGAACACAUGUUGAAGAACUGUUUUAUACCAGCUGAAUAGCACAAAACCCACAAUGCUUUGCAAGUCUGAGCUCACAAAUCUGGGAUUUUUAAUAAGUGACAAAUUGGUGAUAGUGAAGAAAUGGCAAACCAAACAGGAAUUGCUCAGACUCAAUUUUUUUAUUUUUUAUUUUAAAAACCCACUGCUGGAACUGAAAAAUGGGAAUCCCACCUCUGUUUGAUAUACCUUCUAAUGCCUAGAGUUCUGUGAUGGUCAGAUGCAAACCUAUGGACCAAGUGGUGUUGUUUAGUCAUUGUCCCUCGAGAGAGAUCAGAGCCUUGAAGAAACAAACAACCUCGAGGAACUCAGGGCCAUAUUUACACCAUACAUUUCAAGCACUAAGAUGCCACAUUAAACAGUCAUGUUGUUGUUGUUGUUUAGUCGUGUCCGACUCUUUGUGACCCCAUGGACCAGAGCAUGCCAGGCACUCCUGUCUUCCACUGCCUCCCGCAAUUUGGUCAAACUCAUGUUCGUAGCUUCGAGAACACUGUCCCACCAUCUCGUCCUCUGCUGUCCCCUUCUCCUUGUGCCCUCCAUCUUUCCCAACAUCAGGGUCAUUUCCAGGGAGUCUUCACUUCUCAUGAGGUGGCCAAAAUAUUGGAGCCUCAGCUUCAGGGUCUGUCCUUCCAGUGAACACUCAGGGCUGAUUUCCUUCAGAAUGGAUAGGUUUGAUCUUCUUGCAGUCCAUGGGACUCUCAAGAGUCUCCUCCAGCACCAGAAUUCCGAAGCAUCAAUUCUUUGGCGAUCAGCCCUCUUGAUGGUCCAGCUCUCACUUCCAUACAUCACUACUGGGAAAACCUUAGCUUUAACUAUACGGACCUUUGUUGGACCAAGUAAUGUAAUGUAUAACUUAUUUCACACUUUUUAGAGAAUGCUAGUUAGUAGAAACCGCUCUGUGUGUCAUUAGCUCUGGCUCCACCUUCCUGUGGUCUCCCUGGCUUCUGUCCCAACAGUUCCAAUGGUUGCCAGUCACCACUGAUAACUGUAGUCCUGUAUAGCAAUUAUAGCAACACUUGAUCCUUGAUCUGUUUUUUUAUUAUAUUAUUAUCUCAGUAUUUUUUUAUGGCAGCCCUGCAGGUUUAGGUUGCACAUUGCAAAUGGGGUGGCAGGGAGGGCUAAGAGAAUAAUGGAUUGCCUGUACAGUGGUACCUCGCAAGACAAAAAACUCGCUAGACGAAAGGGUUUUUUGUUUUUUGAGCUGCUUCGCAAGAUGAUUUUCCCUAUGGGCUUGCUCCGCAAGACGGAAACGUCUUGCAAGUUUGUUUCCUUUUUCUUAACACCGUUAAUACAGUUGCGACUUGACUUCGAGGAGCAACUCAUAGAACGCGGUGUGGUAGCCUUUUUUGAGGUUUUUAAAGACUUUGGUGAUUUUUGAAGCUUUUCCAAAACUUUCCCGUGCUUCGCAAGACGAAAAAAACCGCAAGACGACAAAACUCGCGGAACGAAUUAAUUUCGUCUUGCGAGGCACCACUGUAGUUGCUGGAUGAGUUUAUAGCUGAGGUCAAACUUGCGCUGGGGGUGGGUUUUCCCCAUCUCUUACUUAUGCAGGAUACAUGCACUUCCUUCUUGUAUUGUGGACCACAAUCCCCAUUGCACACAAAAAAAUUGCCUGUGUAUGCAGGGUUUUCCCUCUCAUUCCCCCUUAGCGACCCCUCACCACCAUGCGGUAUUAUUUUUUUAAAAUUAAACUUGCUCAUAAAAUAAUAAUCAUUGUAAUUUUGUAAGACAAAAAAUAGACAAACACAGAUUUCUUUUUUAAAAUAUUUUUAAAUUAAUUUUUAACAUACAAUUUUUUUUAAGACAUACCACACAAAUUAUUAUACAUAUGUCCUUGUUUGGACUUCCUUCAGCAUCUCUGAUAGCCUUCCAUCUUGAUUAUUUCUCCUGCAAUUCUUAACUUAAUAUUGCCUUUACCUUUUCUAACAAAUCAUGUCUCCCUUUCCAUUUUUACAAUAUUUCUUAAAUUACUCCUCACAGAACUUCUUGUAGUCCUACAAACGUAAUCUGAUCAUCACAAAUACUUUUCAAAUACUCAGUAAAUUUAGUCCAGUCUUUGGUAAACCUCUGGUCCCACCGGUCUCGGAUCCUUCCUGUUAGCUUGUCUAAUUCUGUGUAGUCCAUCAAUUUCAUCCUCCAUUCUUCUAAUGUUGGUAGUUCUUCUUGCUUCCAUUUUUGGGCCAAUAAUAUUCUUGCUGCUGUUACUGCAUAUAAAAAAACUUACAGUCUUUCCUGUUUAUAUAAUUUCCAACAAUACCUAAAAGAAAUGCUUCUGGUUUUUUAAUAAAAGUAUAUUUCAACAUUUUUUAAAACUCAUUAUAUAUCAUCUCCCAGAAGCAUUUCACCUUUUUACAUUCCCACCACAUAUGAUAAAAUAAUCCUUCUUUUUCUUUACAUUUCCAACAUUUAUUACUAACUUUAUACAUGACAAACACAGAUUUCUAAAGCUGUCAAACAGUUAACCCAAGACAUCCUUCUGUAAUGAAGCAUGAAUCUCUGGUUGACUCCAGCUGUGUUCCUUUUGGGCUACAUAAGCUACAAAACAAUACAAUUUGACAUGAAAAGUAUUCUUUUUGGGUUGGAUUCAUUCUUAUUAUUUGUUGGGUUAAUUUCUCCAUUGAGACAACCAUUCAUAUUUGUCUGUGCCAUUCUCCCAUCAAAUUACAAUUGAUGGUUCCAGUUUCUUGCUAUGAUUAUGUGUUCUUCUCGGAGUAUGUAAUGGCAGAGAAUCCUUGGAAUUUUUGCUGUUUUGGAGAAUACACAACACAGCGAAGUGUGUUUUAGCAUGCAUUUAAGCUAAAAAUGGUGAGAGUCAAUGAGUUGUUUUUGAUUGAGGAUUUCAGCAGUUGUCUCAAAAAUAUGUGGGUGGGUGGGGAUUAAAAUUAGCAUGGCUUGAGAUUCCUUUUGCAUCCCAGAAUUUAGCACUUGCCUGGGAGGAAAUGGGUUAGGGGCCAUUAACUUCAGGCAGCUGAUAAAUCUCCUCUCCUCCACACCCACCCUCGCUUAACCCCACACCAAUAAAACACUCAUCACCUCCAGUUUUAUUGUAAUUAGAGAUUAUGCGUAUGUGAGAACUCUUGAAGAAGAGUUGCAGAGGAAAGAAGAGUUAGAUGACAUCAAAGUAAAAUCACCACCAUUGCAGAAGAAGAAGAAGAAGAAGAGGAGGAGGAGUUUGGAUUUGAUAAUGAGUUAUAUUGUGUACAUAACAACUCUGUGAUCAGCCUGCAGACAAAGGGUUCCCUAGCCUAAAAAGAGAGAGAAGAUUUCAUGGCAUCAUUUAAAACUGUAAAAAUAAUUUCUAACAUUGAAGCAUCAGCUGCCAGAUACAUUAGUGCUUGGCAAAUACCCCAUCCCAACUUUCUUUUUUUAGACUCAAGCUUGGCAGGGGAGCACACUGAGUCACCUUGGCAAACAAUUUUAAUCGCUCUUGGGUUUUGUUUCUCUUAAUGCUUUCCUCUCCCAUGUUCUGCAUCUCACUAAGUUUAAGGUUUGGAAUAUUUGUCUGGCCAUUUUUAAUUCCUGCAACAGCAGCCCGCAAAUAGAUUGACCCACUGCUCCAAAAGCGUCAGUAUAUUUGGAACUCUGGGCACAGUCUUCUUUAGCGGGGAGGUAAGCCUUUCCUCCUUGGAUGCGGGUGGCGCUGUGGGUUAAACCACAGAGCCUAGGACUUGCCGAUCAGAAGGUUCCUGCUCCUGCCAACCUAGCAGUUCGAAAGCAUGUCAAAGUGCAAGUAGAUAAAUAGGUACCACUCCGGCGGGAAGGUAAACGGCGUUUCCGUGCGCUGCUCUGGUUUGCCAGAAGCAGCUUAGUGCGUGUGCCCACAUGCGUGCCCAUACACGUGUGCACACGCUAUUUCUGGCACACUUCCGGGUUGGAGGAGCACCAGAAAUAGCUUGUGCGCAUGUGCACGGGCCUCCUCCAACCCGGAUGUGCACCAGAAAUAACGCUUGCGCAUGCGCAAAUAACGCCUGCGCAUGCGCACAGGCUAUUUCCAGUGCUCCUCCGACCCUGAAGUGGGCAGCUGCGCAGCACAGCGCUGGUAAGAGCGGGCGGUGCUGCGGGCUGGAUAAACGAGUCCCUUGGGCCUUAUCCAGCCCACGGGCCUUAGUUUGGGGACCCCUGGUCUAGGGUCUAUUUGACCUCAAGGCGGUUGGUUGCUGACCUCCCAAUUUAUGGGUGACGGGCUAAUUUUAGGGCUCAUGUGCAGACACAUGGAAAGCGAAGAUGCACCCACAGUUGUGACUGUAUGUUCUGAUCGAGGAUCCAGGGGCAGAGGUUGCGGCAGGACAGCGAUGCACUCAGACAGAGCAAAAAGAGGGGAGGAUGGAGGGGGGAGCACCACAUAAUACUGGAAGCAAAUGUAGAGCCCCCAUUGCAAACAGAAUUAAACAAAAAAAAACCAAACCGGCAAUUCAGAGCACUUUAAAAGGGUGAAAAGCUUAGGGUAGAAGGUCUGUGGCUGUAUUUAAAUGCCUUGGAAUGCCUAUUCACUCCCCGCGAAAGAGCAGAAUGAAGCCUGGCUCCUGUGGACACAAAACACGCUUGGCACAGGCUAAAAAUGUGCAUGUGAGUGUCUCUCUAAGUACCCGGUAAUCCCCCAGUGCAGAGGAAGGAUUAUUAGGUCUCCUGCAAAAACAGAGUUCAUUUUCUCAAAGAUCUCUCCGCCGGUGCCAAAUUAGUGGAGAACAGAAUCCCCUCCCACUCACGUACUCCUCGCCCCACCCCAUAAUUAAGAGAAAUUCCACAUUCGGUUCCCUUCUUGAAUUCGCACAGAGGCAAAGCAGCAACUCUGUGUAGGGAAUUGAGGUCAGAUCUAAUCAAACAGAGAGACCACGUAAAAGACACACCCACAUGCAAAGCUAGGAGCUUGCGGGAUUACUUUGAUAUGCUUCUGUGCAUGUGUAUUUGGCAAGGCAGGAUUUUGGCUUCUCCACUGCCCCAUCUUUUCUUGCUGUACCUGGUGAAGCAGAAACACAUCCUGUGCUAAUGACAACGAUGAAUCUGGUCUAACUGCAUGCCCCAUGCAGUUCUUGCUUACAGGGGAAGGAGGAAUCUUUAUUACAGUAAAAAAGGCAAAACGCUGCAUUUUCUGAUUAUUUUUUUUAAAAAUAUCCCUCCCACAAAGCUAUCUUAGAAGAGCUGUAUGCAUCACAAACUCCCAGAGGAUUACACUGCAUUUGUGGAAUUUGGAAACCGAUGGGAUUAUUUUUAAAAAAAAACUUUUAUUGAUAAAUGCAAUAUUUACACAAACCAGAACACUAAACAAACUUAUUAUACAUAGAUACAUACACCUAGAAUCAUAGAAUCAUAGAGUUGGAAGAGACCACAAGGGCCAUCGAGUCCAACCCCCUGCCAAGCAGGAAACACCAUCAGAGCACUCCUGACAUAUGGUUGUCAAGCCUCUGCUUAAAGACCUCCAAAGAAGGAGACUCCACCACACUCCUUGGCAGCAAAUUCCACUGUCGAACAGCUCUUACUGUCAGGAAGUUCUUCCUAAUGUUUAGGUGGAAUCUUCUUUCUUGUAGUUUGGAUCCAUUGCUCCGUGUCCGCUUCUCUGGAGCAGCAGAAAACAACCUUUCUCCCUCCUCUAUGUGACAUCCUUUUAUAUAUUUGAACAUGGCUAUCAUAUCACCCCUUAACCUCCUCUUUUCCAGGCUAAACAUGCCCAGCUCCCUUAGCCAUUCCUCAUAAGGCAUCGUUUCCAGGCCUUUGACCAUUUUGGUCAACUUACGACAUUUUGGUCAACCUCUCAACUUAGAUUACUGAAAAAGAAAACAAACAUACAAACUAAACAUACAGACAUAAAUUUUGACUUCCCUCCACCUAUAUGUGGCUUCCUUCAUUUCUUUUCUUCUUUUCGCUGUGUUAUCAAUAUUAUUUUUGACUAUCUCAUCUUAUACCCAUUUCUUCUUAAAAGUCCACUCCUCUAUCAGAUUUUGGUCGGAUUGGCCUCUUACCACUGCUGUAAGUCUUGCUGAUUCUAUAUAUUCACAAAAUCUUAUUUGCCAAGAAACCGAAGGGAUUCAUUAUCCUGGGAAUAUCUUUUAAAAUAGCGGCAACUAAAAAAUCAAGGGUGCUUCCAGACUGUUGCUGUUUUCGGGUGGGGUUCAGACACAUACUGGCAAAUGCAAAACUGCACUAUUAAAAAAUUAUUUGGAGGUCUUGUGCAACAAACCUGAUUUCCUGUAAGGUCAGACUUUUUGCCAUAAAGAAGUGUUAGAAAGAAACACACUGUUGUCUCACCUUCCCACAACCAGAUCAGGAUGAACGUGCAGUAAACAGGUUGUCUGGAAGCACUUCUAAGUUUCCAGACGGAGGUGGCUGCAUUUGGUGGAGCCACAGCUCAGUGGGAGAGCAGAAAGUUUGUGUUCAGAAAGCCCUGAGUUUCAUUCCCGGCACCUCUAGUUUUAAAGGAGCAGGCAAGAAGCCUUAGGUUAAGGGUGCAGAACUCUUGACUUUCCAGAUGUUGCUGAACUAAAACUCCCACCAUCCCUGGCCAUUGACCAUGCUUGCUAGGGCUGAUGGGAGUUGUAGUUCAUCAACACCUGGAGGACCAAAGGUUCCCUGCUCCUGUCUCAGAUGCAGGCAUUGGCCAGAGACACCCCCUCCCAUAUUCCUUUGGUCGAAGGGAACUGCUUAGCAUGCUUAGCUUGGGGGAUUAUGCUCUCAUCUUCUUACUAAAUCUUGUUACUUCCUGCUGCUUUCUUGUUCCCCCUCUGCUUUCCCUUAUUGCACUUGUUCUUUCAGAUUCCCUGUCUCUGGAAAUGCAUGUUGCUUCUCCUUUUUAUGAUGGGUUUUCCAGGUUUGCUUUUCUUUUGCUGGGAGUCAAUUUUAACAUCUCGUUCUCACCUCUUCAGCGUCUUCUGUUGCCUCAUGCUUAGUAGAUUGUAAACCUUAGGGCAAGGAUCUUGUUUCUCUUUUUGUAAUUUCUUUCUUCUCUGUGGAAGUUGCCCAGAGUGGCUGGGGAAAUAAUAAUAAAUAAUAAUAAUAAUAAUAAUAAUAAUAAUAAUAAUAAUAAUUAUCAUUAUAUUAUUAUUAUUAUUAAACUGAUGAAUCAUAGUCCUUAAAGGUGUUGAAUCGAAUUUGCUAGAGGGGGAAGAGAGAAAGAGUAAAAGAAACUGAUAAGUUGCACAAUAUUUUUUUAUAUAAAAUUGUUGUCUCUUCUCACAAGCAUUUAUUGAGAUGGUACAUCCUGUCCACAAGGACUGUACCACUGCAGUGUUAGAAACUGAAAUAUGAAAGCUAGGAGCUAAAUGGCCCCUUUAACCUAGGUUAUGGGCUCAACAACUCAAUGUCUAGGUGCACUUUUUUAUAACAAGAAUACAAAGCUGGAAAUGAAAGAAUUGCAGCUAAAAUUCAUGUUUGUUUUUCACAUGGUCUAGUCCUUCCCCUGCCCACCCCCUGAUAUUCUUAAGAGGGUCUCUUUUCCAGUCUUCAGAGAGCAGCUGGAAGUGGGGAGGCAGAAAAAGGUCCUCCUUUCCUUCCACUCUGCAGUUUUAAUCUGAAAUCUUAGGCACAGUACUGCGCCUAGAGCUCAGAAACUACUCAUGCUAAUGAAAUUCCCUGUUGCAAAAUGUGCCUGGAACAAUGGGAGUUUCGAAUACUGUGCACCAGUUCAGUUUCAGACCAGGAAGCAGCUUCAGACAAAAAAAGGCAGACUUUUACCAUCCCAGACAGAAAAGCACUGCUGAGGUUUCCCAGUUAUUUUCUUUUUCUCCCUUGCCAGUCAGGCAAGCAAUAAGGCUUGCUGCUAUAUAGCAGUCCUGUAGCUUCCUGCAGGUUUACAAAGCCAUUCAGAAAAGCUUCACACCUGCUUAAUGUCUGGCAGGCUGGUGUUUAAAGGGAACAGGGUAUUGCUAUUAUACACAACAGCAAUGGCAGCCCAGUGAGACUGAAAGACCCAUUUUUUCUAGAGGUUUUCCUGCAAGCUAACCUCAUGGCUCACUGGAAGGACAGAUCCUGAAGCUGAGGCCCCAAUACUUUGGCCACCUCAUGAGAAGGGAAGACUCCCUGGAAAAGACCCUGAUGUUGGGAAAGAUGGAGGGCACAAGGAGAAGGGGACGACAGAGGACGAGAUGGUGGGACAGUGUUCUCGAAGCUACCAGCAUGAGUUUGACCAAACUGCGGGAGGCAGUGGAAGACAGGAGUGCCUGGCAUGCUCUGGUCCAGGGGGUCACGAAGAGUCGGACACGACUAAACAACUAAACAACAACCACCUCAUGGCUACGAUCAAAUUCUGUACUUCCCUUGUUUAUUUCCCAUUUGCGUAACACUUUGCCUGACCAAGACUUCUGCAGAACUCAAAAGCUUGCCACUCACUGAAUGACAUUUGGGUUGGUCCCCAAUAAAUAUAUUGUUGUUCUGUGGGGUUUUUUACCCUCUCUCUCUCUUAUGAACCACCAAAGGCUUCCUUUGCCUUUUACAUUUGUUUGCUCUUUCAAUCUGUUCUGCUGCAGACAUAACCAAGGUCAUUUUCAAAAAUCACAGAUGCUUUAGCUGAGAUGUUUGCAUUGCAGGGGGGUUGGGCUGGAUGAUGCCUGGGGGGGGCCCCCUUCCAACUCCUGUGAUUCUAAUUCCCCCUUGUGUCAGGGGGGAUUACCAUUCCCUUCCCUGCUGUGUCACAAAAUGCUCCUCCCUUGUCCUUCAGAAAAAGUAGAGCGGUGAAAGCAGUCCUUGCACCAUCUGUCCCACUGUCCCUUAUGCCUUAACCUUGAGGCAUGAGCAUAGAGAGAGUUAACACCAAAGUGCUCUAUCCUUAUCUCACUUGCUUGAACCCAGACCUGAUUGGGCAGGGGUAUUAGGACAGUGAGUGACAUUGUGUAACACAAAGCCCUGCAAGAGAAGGGUUAGGGCAUGGGUAGGCAAACUAAGGGGGGGGGCUGGAUCCGUCCCAAUCGCCUUCUAAAUCCAGCCUGUGGACGGUCCAGGAAUCAGCAUGUUUUUACAUGAGUAGAAUGUGUGCUUUUAUUUAAAAUGCAUUUCUGGGUUAUAUGUGGGCCUGCCUGGUGUUUUUACACGAGUAGAAUGUGUCCUUUUAUUUAAAAUGCAUCUCUGGGUUAUUUGUGGGUGUAGUGGUUCUAGGGGUUGCUCGUGCGUAAGCCGGUGCAAACACCUGGCUGGAUUGCCUGAGUGAACCUUUUCUGUCCGGACAGCCACUCGCCCGUGGCUGUCUCAAUCGCUGGCAGAAUCCAUCAGUGGGUGUUUCUUAAACUUCUUCCAGCAAAGAAGCUCUUUGACGCCUAGUCUCCUCCUACUCUCUCUGCGCGAAAGCCUUCUGCGCAAGGAGGGCGUAGGCAGCGGAGAACCUCUACUCUCCCCGCUGGUCCCCGGCAAGGAGUCAUGGGACCGCCUCGCUGCUUCCCCCAUCUGCCCCCCUUUUCCACUGGUGCUACGCUGAUUCUCUUCCCCAGAAGAUGGGCUGCCUCUCCCACUCCCGGGACGCUCUCCGGAAUCCCUCUGGAUUUUGCUCUCUCCCUCCGGCACUGAUGGCAGUUCCCUGACAGUGGGGCAUAGGAAUUUGUUCAUUCCCCCCUCCCCCAAUAUAGUCCGGCCCCCCACAAGGUCUGAGGGACAGUGGACCCGGCCCCCUGCUGAAAAAGUUUGCUGACCCCUGGGUUAGGGUAUCAUUUCCCAUAAAAAUAGCAAUUCCUUUUUUGUACCCCACCCAUUUGACUGGGUUGCCCCAGCCUCUGUGGGCGGCUUCUGACAAAUACGCGAAGACACAACAGAACGUCACAAAAUAAAAAAACUUCCCAAUUCAGAGCUGCCUUUAGAUGUUUACUGAUGUUUGUAUAGUUAUUUAACUCUUUGACAUCUGAUGGGAGGGUAUUCCACAGGGCAGAACCCCUCCAGGUAUAAAAAGAUUUGCUAUCUCUUAUGGGGUGUCUUAUCAGGGAUGCGGGUGGCGCUGUGGGUUAAACCACAGAGCCUAGGACUUGUUGAUCAGAAGGUCGGCGGUUCAAAUCCCUGCGAUGGAGUGAGCUCCCAUUGCUCGGUCCCUGCUCCUGCCAACCUAGCAGUUCGAAAGCUCGUCAAAGUGCAAGUAGAUAAAUAGGUACCACUCCAGCGGGAUGGUAAACGGCAUUUCCGUGCGCUGUUCUGGUUCACCAGAAGUGGCUUAGUCAUGCUGGCCACAUGACCCGGAAGCUGUACGCCGGCUCCCUCGGCCAAUAAAGCGAGAUGAGUGUCGCAACCCCAGAGUUGGUCACGUCUGGACCUAAUGGUCAGGGGUCCCUUUACCUUUACCUAUCAUCUGUUUGUGUUUAUGUGAAGUGCGCUGUGGUCUAAACCACUGAGCCUUGGGCUUGCCAAUCAGAAGCUCGGUCCCAGCUCCUGCCAGCCUAGCAGUUCAAAAGCACGUCAGAGUGCAAAUAGGUACCAUUCUGGCAGGAAGGUAAAAGGCAUUUCCGUGCGCUGCUCUGGUUUUGCCAGAAGCAGCUUAGUCAUGCUGGCCACAUGACCCAGAAAAACUGCGGACAAAUGUCGGCUCCCUCGGCCUGUAAAGCGAGAUGAGAGGCGCAACCCCAGAGUCGUUCACGACUAGACUUAACUGUCAGGGGUCCUUUACCUAUUUAACCAUUUAUAUAAAUGGCAACACGUGGCUUCUCCAAGAAAAAUCUCUAUUGGAAGUAAAAAAGAUACAGUCAUAGGGUUGAAGUAGCUUUGGGAUGAAUAUUUUUGGGUUGCGCUCUGCGGCGACCCGGAAGUAACGGAGUGCGUUACUUCUGGGUUUCGUUGCUUGCGCAUGCGCAGACACUCAAAAUGGCGUAAUGCGCAUGUGCGGAAGUGGCAAAUCGCAAUCCGCGCACCCGCAGACGCAGGUUGCGUUUGCUUCAGAAUGCAAAUGGGGCCCUGGAACGGAUCCCGUUCUCAUCCAGAGGUGCCAACGGUACAUUGCAUAAUUUUACAUGGGCUCAGAUGCCCCGAUAGCAGAAGUAGGUGAGCCUUUGAACUACACAUGUUGGUAUGAAUGGAAGACACAGCUAAUUCUCAACUAGGUAAUAGCCCACCUGUUAACCUUGAGCCAUUGCUGCAUGAUGCAGGCUGCAUACCUGGAGAUUGCUGGGAGGUUGUAGAUAAUGGCACAUGCCAAUGACAGAAACUUUGGCCUAGCUCCUGCUAGCAACUGCAAUAGAUUCUUAUUUCACCGUGCAGUUUGGCUCACUCUGUGUUUCAUGUGCCAAGCAACAGUUGCUAAGAAUAGAGCGGCCCUAUCUCAGUAUCGCAAGUAAUUUAGACAUGCAGGACAAGAAGUGGACUAUUAGUUCCCCCACCUCCACUCUAGCCACUGAAGAGUGUUGUAUAGUUCAGCAGAGCAUCUGCUCAGGGUUCAAUCCCCAAUUGCUCCUGGCAGGGUUGGGAGACAGAUUGUAUGCAACCCCGGCGAGCCACUGCAAGUCAGUGUAGGCCUGUGGUUCUCAAAGGGGGUGACACGAGAGGAUGGCAAGCGUGUAGGAAGAUUCAAGGGCAAUCAAAGAAACAUUUAAACCAGGGGUAGGCAACCUAAGGCCUGUGGGCUGGAUGCGGCCCAAUCACCUCAAUCUGGCCCACGGAUGGUCCAGGAAUCACUGUGUUUUUACAUGAGUAGUAUGUGUCCUUUUAUUUAAAAUGCAUCUCUGGGUUAUUUGUGGGGCAUAGGAAUUUUAUAUAUAUAUAUAUAUAUAUAUAUAUAUAUAUAUAUAUAUAUAGAAUUUUACCACACCGCGUUCUAUGAGUUGCCCCUCGAAGUCAAGUCGCAACUGUAUUAACGGUGUUAAGAAAAAGGAAACAAACUUGCAAGACGUUUCCGUCUUGCGAAGCAAGCCCAUAGGGAAAAUUGUCUAAAAUGAUGGGAGUUGUAGUCCAACAACAUCUGGGGACCCACAGGUUGAGAACCCCUCUUCUUCUAGACAGUAGUGAAUUAGAUGGAGCCAUGGUCUGCCUUGCCAUAAGGCAACAUCCUAUGUACCCAAAGGGCAAAGAAUGCUCUCCUAGUUGGCAGCAGUAGUAUAGUGCAUUCAGCAGUCUCCCACAACCAUCUGCCCCAGGAAGUUAAGGGGUAAACAGCAGUGGCAGAAUAGUGAAGUAGGAUUGCUGUUCCUCUCUGUGCCUUUUUACAGCUGCCGGGCACAUAGACAUCAUUCAGCAGGCGUUCCUGGCAUGGAAAGAAAUGCUGGGAAGAACUUUGGCUGCUUAAUGGUCCAGGCUGCUAUUAAAGGCGCAGGAGCACGGCCAGUUUCUUUCAAACAAAACUGGCAAGGCUCUUUGUGGGAAGAAUCUGCAGCUCCACGGCGAAACAGUGACCUGUGAAUGACUCUCAAUAGCAAGGCUGAAAUGCUCUGGAUUUGGGUUGUGCAAAUCAGUGCUUGGGACAAGCCUGUGGUCUUCCAUUUUUUGCUGGGCUACAGUUCCCAUCAUCCCUGGCUCUUUGACUGUGACAGAUGGGGCUGUUGGGAGUUGGAGUCCAGCAAUAGAUGGAGAGCAACAGGUUCCUUGUGCCCAGUUUAGAGGUUAUCAUGGACCAGAAUUAUUCAGACAGCAGAGGUUUUAUUGUUGAAGGCGAACGUGUUUGUGUCUGUCAAUGGGGGCUGUCAUUCGCAACCAUGGGUGAUGUUCUGCUUGAUCCAUAAUGCACUAUUUUCACUAGGCAUCAUCAAGGCCUUAUCAGUCUGUCUUUUUAAUGGAACGAGGACAGCUUUGCAGAUAGAAGAACACCUCUGGUAUAUGCUCAUCCUUUCCCCCCAAGUGGCAAGGUUCCAAGUGUUGAGCAUUUGAUUUCUCUUGGAUCAGAGAGCACUGGACACACACACACAUACACACACACACACACACACACAUUUUUAUUAGUUUUUUAACAUACCAUUUUCAGCAGUGGUUAAACAUACUUUUACAUCUUAUUCAAUUUUUUUGGACUUCCAUCAGUCCUGUCUGAAAAUUUUCCAGUCUAAUCUCUUAAUAUGCAUUUCUUAUUUUCCCUAUUACAUUUCAAACUCAUAACCAAGAUCGCUAUCUUUUUCUACUUUGUAACACCAUAUAUUUCUCCUUACAAAACGUCUUGCAGUCCUACUAGCGGAAUUUGUUGAUUACAGUUGCUCUUCAAAUAAUUCAUAUACUUCUCCCAAUCUUCGGUAAAUCUCUGGUCUCGCAGGUUUCGAAUCCUUCCUGUCAUUUUGUCCAAUUCUGCAUAGUCCAUUAAUUUCUUCUUUCGUCGGAAUCACACUGGAGACUUGGCAUGUCUUUGUAAUCUUUGUUGGUCCAUUUUCAAGCAGUGCAUAAUAGAGGCAAGUAGACACCUUGCAUCGGGUCUCCAAAGAGGGGUGACUAACCUGUAGGUCUCUCUUUUUUUUUAUAUAUAUAUAGUAUUUAUUAAUUUUCCAACAAUUUAAACACAACACUACAAAAGAAAAAACAUAAAAUAAAAAACAAAAAACACACAAUGCAAUACAAUACAAAGACACUACAAAACACUAACACAUAAAACUAAUAUAACAAAAACGGACUUCUGGGUUGGCGCCACCGGCAAUGGCGGAAUUCCUCUGAUCGGGAGGAAUCUGCCUCGUGGAAAUUUGGGUCUGGCCGCCACGGCGAAGGCAGAGACCCACUAAAAAUCACAGGCAGGUGAAGCCUGUGGACGUGGGAUUCGGUGGGCACCUUUUGUGCCUCCCCUACUCGCGGGGAAACCUGGGUUCGGGGAUCCGGAGCGACGUGGGGUGAGCAGCGCGGUGCUUCGGAUCGAUUGCUUCUUCCACGGAGCGAAGCCGCAUAGCUGUUGCCAGAGAGCGCUGACUUUUUCCUGUGGACAAUUUGAUCUUAAAGCAACUACCCGUGAGUAGAGUGAAGAAUUGGAUUUUUAAACGUCUUAAUUUGGCACCGAAACGGGGAGGUUCAAAACAGGAAGUCCACCUCCCCCUUUUGUAAAUAAGACUGAGGCAAAGAGGCUGCAAGCUAAAGUCUUGGAAAGCCUAUUGUAAAGGACUAAAUUUUCAUCAGGAAAAAAUAUUAAACCCCCCUUGGAAGCAGGAGAAGAGGGGGGAAGCUUUGGAUUGUGUAUCCCUGCAGGAGUGAGUGAAGGAAGUUAAAAUAUCACCAUUCCGAACCUGGAAACGGGCUGCUAGUAAGACCGACGUGUCUUGGAAGGUUCAUUGACAGCGAAUAGAAGGUUCGGUGACAGCUAGCAUAAGAGAGAUACAUUGUUUCCAUUGUCUUCGUUUGCACUUAAAAAGGAGUAAAAGUAACAGAAAAUUGAAACAACUUUAUUGAACUCUAUUGAACUGUUUGAACUGUGUUUUAAAACUAACCUGUAGGUCUCCAUAUGGUUUCAGAUUUUAGUUUCUACCAUCGCUAGCUGUUGGAUGUGCUAGGCCAGCCCCCGGCAAUGCAGGAAUCUUGCCUGCAGCUGUCCGUGGAUGGGCUCAAAUCACCCACCUUCUGGUUAACAGCCAGACACACUGAACCCCUGGACUAUAGUUUUGGAAACAAGGAGCAGAUCCACCCCAUAAACCCAUAAAGCACAUGGCUUCCUCCAAAGAAUCCUGGGAACUGUAGUUUGCUAGGGGUGCUGGGAUUUGUAGCUCUGUUAGGGCUACAAAUUCCCAGCAUUAUUUGGAGGAAGUUGUGCACUUGAAGGUGCUUUAUGGUGUGCAGAUCUGCCCAGGCUCUCCCAGCUACCUCCAGCCGCCUGCCAGCCAUCUGUAUUGGGGAUGGGAGUGUGGAGAAAACUCCUUUUUGCAUUUAAUUUUAGUAGUGAAAAAAUAAUGGCCUUCCUGUUAAGCAACCAUGUAAGAGGGGCUGCUGUCAGGUAGAAUUUUGAUUGAUUAGAAACACGGAUGGCCUCAUUCAUAGGCUUUUAACAUUAAUGAAUGAAAUGCAGUGGACACAAACUGAAAAAUUGCCAGUUGCCUUUGCAAUUACCUGCAGUCCCAUUAGUCUUCUGGCAGCGGGCUUUGAAGUGAAUGCGGAUCAGGAUGCAGCCACAUAUGGAUUUGAUACAUAGACCCUUUUAUCUUUUUGAAAUGUUGCAGAGAUAUAUAUAUAGUGCAAUGUUUUAAGUGCACUCAGGGAUGGAGGCAUGGACACAUUAGCACCUAGAUUUUGGACCAAUGCCAAGUAAUUGAUGCACACAAUAUAGUUUUUCUUGCUACUUCCCUCUUCACAGGGGUUGCCAUCGACAGAACCUGUCUGGAAAGAGCUACUACUUGCUUUCAUAUUUUGUCCAGGAGGGACUCCCCCUUUGAAGGGCUAUCCAUAUUAUUGCCAGAUGUGGCGCCAGUGAAAAUAAUGCCUUUGCUGAUGAGAUCUGUCUAGCCGUUUUGUUGGAAAGAUAUGGUUGAAUUGUUUUUCCCCAUGAAGUUGGGAGCUAUGCAGGUUUACUCAGAGGGUCUUCCCGCUCCAUCUGGGGCUGUGCUUAGAGAGUAGACCUCCUUGAUGAUUUGCAAACUUUCAGAGAUUCAUGACAGACCACCUGCAAAGUGCAGCUGGUAGCUAAGAAAUGCGCAGUUUUCACAGUAGCACAUGGCACUAAUAAAGAAUCUUUUAAUGCAUAGAGGGGUGGGAUAUGUUAGUAAGGUAUCAGACGAAAAUGCUGUUUCAUUUGUACACAAAUGUUUUCAACUGGAUGAAAUUUGCAAGAGGGAAUUGUGAACCCUCUAAAGAUUGCCGUUGUAACAGAGCUCAUGUCCCUCAUAUCUUUUUAACUCUAUGUAUUUGCACUUCGAUAUCCUGCGCCAUCGUUCUGCAUAAGGUGAAUAAAACCCAAAACAUCAAUAAAAUAGCAACAAAUAGCAGGCAAUAAAUUGUAAUGAUGAUGAUGAUGAUGAUGAUGAUAAUAAUAAUAAUAAUAAUAAUAAUAAUAAUAAUAAUAUAUUAAGCAACGAUAAACAAAAAUGGGAAAUAGGACAGGAAUGUUGCGCAAAUGUAACGGUGAACUGAUUCUGGCCUGUAAGUAUGUAAGAAAGUUUUCAAGGAUGUAGAAUAGUCACCUGAGGAAGGGUUGAAGCAAUAUGGGGGAAAAGUGGUGUGGGGUGCCACUGGUAAAAAAAAAAUGCAUCAAGUUUAUAUGUUCUCUUAUACCAGCAACACAGUACUUUUCUAAACAAAACGUUCUUUUUAUCUGAUAUUUGUACAUUUAUUAGUAUAUAUUGGUGUUCUGAGACUUUAGGGGGUCUCCGAAAGGGUUUAAAAGUUGCCAUGACUACCACAACAAAUAUCUUCUUCUAAGGAAGGGAUUAUAUGCAUUUGUUUUGUGGCUGAGCUUGUGCUAUGCAAAGAGCUGAAAAUCUACAGUUGCAACCUGGAGAAAGUAAAACUUUAUCGACAGCUGCAUAGUUACUCGGGAGUCAGCACUGUGGAACUUGCAGGGGCUUACUUCUGGGUAUGCAUAGCUUUGGACUGCGGGACCAACAGAAACCAGUGGGGCACAAGCGCUUAACUGAAUUCAAUAGGAUUUAGGCUAACUUUCCCUGGAUGUCAUCCCAUACAGCUAAGCCCAAGAAAGCAUUUACAGAAUGUGUUUGUACAGUAAAUGUGUGUGGCAUGAAAUUCCAAAGGCACAAUGGGAGCAGCUGGUAUAAAUAACAGUGAACAGCUAGAAGUGAUCUCUGUAGAGAGAGAAAACAUUUCAAAUGCUGUUGCCAACACUGAGGGGGGCGAGAUGGGUCGGUAGGAUAUAACUCAGUCUGAAAUAGCUCCUGAAAGCCCUUAUUUCGUGUGUUAAAAGGCAGGACAAAUGCUCCUCUGUUCUUUUUGGGGAUGAACACUUGCAAUCGUUGCUAUGAAUAGGGCUGUUCGUAUCUGGCCACGUGCCAUGAAUGCGCGGAACCCGGCGCAAAGGUUGGAAUCCUGAGAACGCCAGCUUUCGUUUAUUUUUAAUAAAAACACAUCUCGGGCUUUUUUGGGCUCAGGUUUUUUUUUUUAAAAAAGAGUCAGACACUGGGCACAAUGCACUGAGCACAACUCAUCUGGAUGAUGUUGUUGUUGUUUAGUCGUUUAGUCGUGUCCGACUCUUCGUGACCCCAUGGAACAGAGCACGCCAGUCACUCCUGUCUUCCACUGCCUCCCACAGUUUGGUCAAACUCAUGCUGGUAGCUUCGAGAACACUGUCCAACCAUCUCGUCCUCUGUCGUCCCCUUCUCCUUGUGCCUCGAUCUUUCCCACCAUCAGGGUCUUUUCCAGGGAGUCUUCUCUUCUCAUGAGGUGGCCAAAGUAUUGGAGCCUCAGCUUCAGGAUCUGUCCUUCCAGUGAGCACUCAGGGCUGAUUUCCUUCAGAAUGGAGAGGUUUGAUCUUCUUGCAGUCCAUGGGACUCUCAAGAGUCUCCUCCAGCACCAUAAUUCAAAAGCAUCAAUUCUUCGGUGAUCAGCCUUCUUUAUGGUCCAGCUCUCACUUCCAUACAUCACUAUUGGGAAAACCAUAGCUUUCACUAAACAGACCUUUGUUGGCAAGGUGAUGUCUCUGCUUUUUAAGAUGCUGUCUAGGUUUGUCAUUGCUUUUCUCCCAAGAAGCAGGCGUCUUUUAAUUUCGUGGCCGCUGUCACCAUCUGCAGUGAUCAUACCCAACUGUAAUAAACAGGGAUUGACUCAAGACCACGUCUUGCUCGCAUUAGACCUAUGCACCGAGAGCCAGGCUAACCCAGUAGGCACCAAAAACAGCUGCCUAGGGUAGCAGAAUUCAAGGAGCUACAGGCCAGUGUAGCUACUUUCCUCCUCAUUCCAUGAAAGUGAGCUGAAUGAAAACCCAUCCUCUUCAUUCUAAUGGAGCAAAGAGAAAGGGCUGCCGUUGACCUGGUUUGCACAUAACCUGGUUUGUUUUAAUCAAAGUGUGGCCUGUAUUAACCGCAUAUUGCAGGUGGCUGGGGACUAGGGUGGCCAGCUGCAAGAGAUAACAGGACUUCUGUACCUUUAGUAGUUGUAUAGAUGAGGGAAUAUCAUCAGUAGGUGUACUUCUAUCAUAAUCCGGGAACCCAGGCUCUUCGGAGGAAGCUGAACAUUGGGCGAUUCAAGAGAGGCAAAAUGGUGGAUUAUGCAGAACUUGCGAAAUUGACAUACAAACUGCGAGACAAGCUCAACUGUGGCUUUAAAGAAGCAUGGGAACUUUUUACAAAUUACUUUAAAAAACAAAAUGAAUUGGACUCCUUGGCAGGUUUGGAAUAAACUUACACACAAAAUGUAUUAUUGUUAACAUAACAGAUGGAUAAUUUAAGGAUCUUUACAUUUUUAUAAUAUGCAGAGAAUAAUAUGUGUUGAAAAACCGGAGAGAGGAGCUGAGGUGGGUGGAAGGGAGGGUUUUUCUUGGGGAGUGGGGAAGGAAAAAAUGCGGGGGGGGGGGGAAUGAAGAUGAUAUGCUUUUGAUAAUUUGUUAUGUUGAAAUUCUUUUUUAAAAAUUAUUUUUUUUAAAAAAAGUGCACAGUGCAUAGUUAAAACUAUGGUGUUUAGUUCCACAGGAUGCAAUGACGGCCACCAGUGCGGCUGGUUUGAAAAGAGGAUUAGGCAAAUUUAUGACCUUAAGUCACAAUGACUAUGUCCUCCCUCCGUGGUCAAAGGCAGUAUGUCUCUCAGUUGUUAGCAUUUGUCUGUUGCUUGCGAGUGCUUUUCCUUGCUCUCUCUCUCUGUUGGCAUCUGGAGCUGUGCCCCUCCUCGCGUUUGGUGAGCUGGAAGCAGGGAAGGCAGGCUGAGUUGUACAGUGGUACCUCUGGUUACGUACUUAAUUCGCUCUGGAGGUCUGUUCAUAACCUGAGGUACCACUUUAGCUAAUGGGGCCUCUCGCUGCUGCCGCGCCGCCACGCGAUUCCUGUUCUCAUCCUGAAGCAAAGUUCUUAACCCGAGGUACUAUUUCUGGGUUAGCGGAGUCUGUAACCUGAAGCGUAUGUAACCCGAGGUACCACUGUAUAGAGAAUGCCUUGCCUAGGUCCCCUUUCUAAGUUUAUGCAUGAGGUGAUAGUUGAUCCCUGCUUUUUAGGACUCGCUGCCUUUGUGUUACAUUCUGUCUGUCUGUCUGUCUGAUAGGUCCCCCAAUAAAUUUCUAGGUAUGCUGUCUCCUCAGCAUGGGGUCAUUAAUACAUUUGAAAACCCUCCAGAGUCACGUGUGAAGCAGAGCAAUAUUUCCAUGUUUUGGUGAAGACCCUCCCAAAAAAACAGCAACACAGGAGGAGGCAGUCUCGCCCUCACCUCUCUAGGCUCACUUUCACCUCUUUAUCCUACAAGAAAAACAGGGGAUGAGUGGAGUCUGGCAGUAGUUGCAAAUCAAGGUAGAGCUGAGCUACCUGACAGGAGGAAUUGAGUAACAUUACCCAUGUGAAAUUCCAUUUGUGGUACAUUCCAGAGGCGGCUCUGAAAUGGUUCUCCUUCCAUCUUUAAGUUGGUUCAUGCUAAGAAUGCAACCUCUAAUUACCUGUUCUCUAAUCGCACUUAAUAUUGGUCCAAUUACUUAUAAUCAUUAUUGUUCAGCAUUCCAUCUAAUUUUCUAAUGCCCGGGUGAAGGACAAGACUAGUAUUUUAUUUUUUUAAAAUGUGUCAUACAAUUAAAAGGGCUCAUUUCCAGUGCUCCGUAUCAAGAACAUCAGCAGUCCUAAAUCUUGCUCAACAACUCAGGGAUGAUCUCUUGGCUGUGUGAGAGAGGUAAACAAAACAAUUGUGUGUUUUGGAAAGAGCAAGUUCUUAAUUCUACUGUGAUGCUUCUUAUAUUCCCCACACCAGGUUACAUUUGGAUUGAGUUUUGGCUGUGGCACAAAGAGAGCCAAUAUGGUCAUGUAGGAAUACUGGGCCAGCCAUGAAGAUCUGUGCUCCAAUUUGGGUUCUGCUUCCCUGGUGACCUUGGACCAAUCACUACCACUUAGCCUACCGUAAAGGGAUGUUGUUUGCAUAAAAGUAGGGUGUGUGCUAAGGAGAGAGUCAGAGAUGCUAGGUUAUUUGGGCCUGCCCCCCAAACCAUUUUAGGGGGUGGACGGGAAGAAGUAAUAACUAAAAUUGAAUAAAUAACUGGGCACAGGCUAGCUAUGGAUCCCUUAAUUCUGUGAUUUGGUUAUGUAAAAUAGAUGAAUUUAAUAAAUAAUAAUAAUUGUAUUAGAGGGUGGGAGAGCUAAUGCAGCAUUUAGUGAUACCUACAAGAUUGAUUCCCUAUAGCAACUGGAUGGAAAUAAAAAGACACCAUCAUAAAAGACGGGGUCAUUAAAAUCUGGGACAUUCUCAGGUUCUCACAAUAUUUGUGUACUUUACCAUAUAGACAAUCUGAUAACCUCUUUGUAGAAAAAUGGAGCCUCUUUAUAAGUUUUUGGGAGACCCCCUAUUCCCCAAACAGAGCUAUGAUUCCCAGAGUCCACUGGGAAGAGGGAUUGACGGUUGAAAUACUCUGGGAAUUGUAGCUGCAUAAGGGGAACUGGGGGUGCUUGUCUCCUAUCAAUUCUCAGCACCCAUUAUGAACUACAGCUCCCAGAAUUCUUUGGGAUAAACCCUGACUGUCUAAAGUGGAAUAAGAGUGCUUUAAAUGUAUGGCAGGGAGAAGGACAGGCACCCCCAAACUCGGCCCUCCAGAUGUUUUGGGACUACAAUUCCCAUCAUCCCUGACCACUGGUCCUGUUAGCUAGGGAUGAUGGGAGCAUAGCUGUCGACUUACAGAUUUGAAAAUAAGGGACCAGCAGCCAAAAUAAGGGACCUGCAGCUUCACCUGUUCCAGGCACUCCAGUCUUCCUGUCCUCCUGCAGUCUGGUCAAACUCAUGCUGGUAGCUUCGAGAACACUGUCCAACCAACUUUGUAACCAGAGGUUCAACUAAAUAGAAUCUGAAUCACAUGCACCACAAGGCCUAUGCAGCCUCAACUUAAGAUGGCUCCCCGGCCUGGCUUUGCACUGCAAAGUUUGCAGCAGCACGUGCAUCAAAAUGGCGUCCAGCAUUCAAAAACCCCCUCAGCUUGCAUUAACUAGCCACACACAAGGCAUGCAAGCUCCACCCCCCAGUCGUUCUUAGACUUCUUAUUGGGUGAGCAACACAGCCAAGCAACACAGUUGGAGCCUCCCUCCUCCCUAGCCGGCAGGGAGGGAGGGAGAGGAGCUGCUUCCUUUGAAAUUUAAGGAGCAUCAUUUAAGGGACAUUUAAGGGACAUCCAUCAAUAAGGGACAGCAGCGGGACAUGGCGCUGGAAUAAGGGACUGUCCCUUCAAAUAAGGGACACUUGACAGCUAUGGAUGGGAGUUGUAGUCCCAAAACAUCUGGAGGGCCGAGUUUGGGGAUGCCUGGCCUAGGAUAUGCAGAUUCCAGGUCAGGUAGGGCUGCUUCAUGUAACAUGGUCACCCUUAAUCCUUGACAGCAGUCCUGUAAACUAGCCUUGCCAUCCCUGUAUUACAGAUUGGAUCCGACAGGGGCAUUGUUUUGCUUAUCCUGCCCUUCCUCCCAGGAGUUCAGGGCAGCAUAUGAAGGAUUAUCCUAUUUUAUCCUCGUAACAACCCUGUGGGGCAGAUCAGAGUGGCAGGAAGCAACUUGCUCAAGGCCACUUUUGUUUUUGUUUUUCUGUUUUUUUCAAAUCCCUUUAUUAUUUUAUUCACAUAAUAUACAUUCUUGACAACAAACUACUCCGAAAUAAACAGGCAACUCCAAAAUAAAACCAUAUGUAACAAAACCAUAAGCCUCGUGUUUUCAUUUACACUGAUUUCCUCUCCGAUACCUUUACUUGAUAUUUCUUGCUGCUUUCUGCUUUCCUUAUAGAAUCUAUAUGAAAAUUGAAAUCUCUUAAAUCCUAUACCAAUCUUUAACAAUUUCAAUUCAUCCCUUCACCUCUCUCCCCCACAGCCCAGUACUUCCCUCCACCAGUGUGCAAUCUUCUUUACCUGCUAUUAUUUUUGUUGUUGUUGCGUUAUUCAGUUUUAUUUGUUAUUCCAUCUUUAAUAUAUUGUUAUCCUAUCUCCUUGCGCCUUUUAAACUUUUGCAUAUUGGGAAAGACUAUUCAAGGCAGCAGAGAUAUGAGACGAUCAGAGCCCCCCCGAACUUGAAGCAUGGGAAGUCCCAACAAAAAAAUUAUAAUUUAGGCAGAAUAUUUGGACUAUUUGAUAUGCAUUUGUAUAAUUUGAAGAUACAAUGUGAUUUGAUUGGAUUGUUAAAAUGGGAAAAGUAAUAAAAAUGAUUAAAAUAAUAAUAAUAAAUAAACUUUUGCAUAUUAAUUUUUUAUCUCCAGCACCGCCUUUUUUUCCAUGAAAAAAGCUCAAGACCACUUUUGAGAGUCUCUCAACUCAGCAGGGAUUCAUUCAUACACAGGCCUUUUUCCCUGGUUCAGCCCAACGCGUUCUGCCUCGUAUCACAGUUGGCUCUUGUGAGGUAAAAUUUGAAAGUGGGUGUGUGACUUCAUGGCAAACAUAGCAAGCCAGACCCUUCUCUUAACUGCUCCAUGAUCGCUGGUCUGCUAGUUGUUUUGCUGAUGGGGGAAAGGCAGCCAUCCUCACGCCAGAUGACCACCUGAAGUGAUUUUCCACCACCGUGUGCCCUUAGUCACGAACGCGCCAAAGGGCCCUUCCCGGCUUAUGCGGAGAAGCAGCACAUGUCGAGCAAGGAAGCUUAAGCGGGCUGGGAUUUAGAGGAAAGGCCGAGGGCAAGCAGCUGAGGGAGGAUUUGAAGCACAGCCGUGACAUACGGCAACAGGCUUGCGCAAGAAUGCCGUCCGGGUGCUGCAAAUCUCCCUUCUGGUGGGUGAAAGUCUUGCGGGUGCUGCCACUUUCCUGGCCGUAACGGACGGUGUGGCGGCUUAAAAUUCCUGGCCUGGCACGUGUGGGGAGGAGUGAGGGUGAUGGGAGGGUUUGGGUUGCCUCAAAGAAGGCUGCUCUUUCUUUUCCCUCACUGCAAUGGAAUCUCAGCUAUCCGAAGCGUCCCCAAGCCUCACAGGAUGGCAUGUGGCUUGAGCCAUAAGCCCCCUAAACAUAGAACAGCCAUGCCAGUACCCUUGUCAUUAGCCCUCUUUUCUUCUUUUAUUGACGGGGAGGGAAGGACAGAAUGUAUCCCUCUCACACAGCUUUCUGUUCCGCUGUUUCCCUUCCCUGUUCUUUUUCAUUCCAAUCUUGAGGAUCAGGAGCUUUGGCUCUUCAGCGUACGCUCACACCUCAUGUUACGUUUGCUUCAUGUUACGUUCUUUCCGGAUACGUCCCGCGGCGACCCAGAAGUACUGGAAAGAGUUACUUCCGGGGUUUGCCACUUGCGCAUGCGCAGAUACACAAAAAUGACACCACGUGCAUGCGCAGAAGCAGCGAGUCGCAACCUGUGCAUGUGCAGAUGAGCUGCUGUGGGUUGCGCUCUUUUCAUGCGCAUCCUUUUGCUGCGGAAGGUACAGGGAGCAGCCAUAGCUCAAUGGCAGAGCAUCGCUUUAUGUGCAGAGAAGGACCCAGGUUCAGUGCUUGGCUUGGCAGGGAGAGACCCCUGCUUGAAGUUGUGGAGAGCUGCCGUCCAACCUUUGCUUAAUUGUGCAAAAAAAGCUCAACAAGUUUGGGGCUUAACACAACUGUCUGGAUUUUUUACUUCUUGAAAUAUGGCAACCCUAUUUGCUUUAAGUGAUUUUCUCCCUCCAACCCACAAUUCCAUCUGGUAUUAAGCAUAUUUCUUUCUGAGGAUAUCAUGGCAGCCACACGUAGCCACUGUUAUGUACUGAAGUUCUCACCCUGGGCCAGCAGGGGGAUACUGUAGAUAGUUAUGCAAAUAAGGGAUCGAAAGUGACGUUCAGUGAUUGGAUAGUUUUAGAAAAUUGUUACAGUUACGUUGUACUGGAGCUCUAUAUAAGCAGGCUGGCUGAACCCUUCAGUUCAGUUCUGUUCUGGCCUGUGAAUAAACAAGAGCUGUUUGAAGAAUCGCUGUGUCGUCUGAUAUGUUCACCCACAACUUAACAGCCACAGAUAUAUAAGAGGCCCCUCCUGCCAUCCUUUUUAUUUUGCAUUCAUGAUGCUUUUGUGCUUGUGAUGUUAUUGGGGCAGUUACAUGCAGUUUCACUUUCAAUACUGUUAAUACGUGCAAAGGUUAUGGGGCAAACAUACUGCUUUGUUUCAAGUCUGUGCAUGUCUGGUAACUUCAUUCUGAGCUCCUGUACCACAAAUAUUCUGAUAUAUAUUUUUUUGUCCCGCUUUUGUUGCUCUAUGGUGCUCCUCCAAAUGGCAAUAGUGCAGUAACACCGUGGAAGCAUUACAGAACAGCUGUGCGGGUGGUCUGAUGUAAACUACCACUAAUGCACUAUUAUUGCACCAGUGAGAUGUUGCAGAAUAAUUCACCUGUACAAGACAAGACAAAACCCACCCAAUCUGGAGCGGUACGGUCUUUCUGCACUUUGGGAUAAAGUUGGGAUACAUUAUCAACAGUUCUGAAAAUACUAAAUUGGUAUGUGUCUGUUGCACAUUGAGGUUGGUGCAGUAUAUGUGUGAGCAACCAGGAUUGGAAUGAGAGAGGGUUGUUCUGUUUUGUUUUGAACUCCUAUUCUACUACAUUGGUACCUCAGGUAGCAAUUAAGUACUUAAUUCGUUCUGGAGGUCCGUUCUUAACCUGAAACUGUUCUUAACCUGAAGCACCACUUUAGCUAAUGGGGCCUCCUGCUGCUGCCACGCCGCCGGAGCACAAUUUCUGUUCUCAUCCUGAAGCAAAGUUCUUAACCUGAGGUAAUAUUUCUGGGUUAGCGGAGUCUGUAACCUGAAGCGUAUGUAACCUGAGGUACCACUUUAUUAAGUUCGGGGAAAUAACAAACCUCCAUCUCAGUUGACCGAGAGCUAUAGCAACUGUGGCAUAGGACAAGGAAGUAGCAUUCAGCUCUUUUCACAGCACUCCUCUUUAAACUGCAAUCCAAACUCUCUGCUCCUUGUACUAAUGGGUUCAGUUAUGGGAGCCAGUCUUGCAAUUUAUGUCUGAAAACUCUCUCCCUUUGCUGGCUUUGCAUUCGUUCUGUCAGGUUUUUUAUUUUAUUGUGACCGGAGCUACGAUGCACGGGGAAGAACUAUAGCUCAGUGGGUAGCAGAGCCCAUGCUUUGUGUGAAUACCUCUCAGGCUCAGUCCAUGGCGUCUUCUGUUGAAAAGAUGUCAGGUAACCUCUCCCUGGCAUAGCUGCUGCCUGUCAGAACAUGACAGUCUGGCCUGGCAGAAGACAGCUUUCUUUUUGCUUUUGCACAUUUAUUAGGGAGUUAUCCCCCUCCCCUUUGAACUUAGGUAGGACUUGAUUUGGCACAAACAAGCUGCUCCAGAGAAGCGGACACGGAGCAAUGGAUCCAAACUACAAGAAAGAAGAUUCCACCUAAACAUUAGGAAGAACUUCCUGACAGUAAGAGCUGUUCGACAGUGGAAUUUGCUGCCAAGGAGUGUGGUGGAGUCUCCUUCUUUGGAGGUCUUUAAGCAGAGGCUUGACAACCAUAUGUCAGGAGUGCUCUGAUGGUGUUUCCUGCUUGGCAGGGGGUUGGACUCGAUGGCCCUUGUGGUCUCUUCCAACUCUAUGAUUCUAUAAGAUCAGGCUAUAUAAUUGCAAAGCUGCAUCCAGGAUGCUGUGGUGGGAUUUAGACAACCUGAUUCUGGGAGUGCAGCGCUACAAUCCUGCACAUGCUUCACCCAGGAGUAGCUCCCAUUGAGCUCAACAGACUUGCUUUGAAGUACAGAUUUUGCUCUCUCUCAUGCUUUCAGAAGAUCCUGCUUUGAAUCAAACCUGCAUCUUGCUGCUUUUAUGUCUCGUGGCUUUUUAUUGUGUUGUUCCAUUUCCUUUUAAAUGGUUGUUUUAUGAUUACCGUAUUUUUCGCUCUAUAGGACGCACCGGACCGUAGGACACUCCAGACCAUAGGAGGGGGAAAACUGUGCAGCGCCUCUCCAGCGAAGCGAAGCCUGGAGAGCAAGAGGGAUCGGUGUGCACUGACCCCUCUCGCUCUCCAGGCUUCAGGUGGCUAUCCGCAAGCCUUCGGAGCACAGCGGGAACUCCUACUGCGCUCCGAAGGCUUGCGGAUAGCUGCCUGAAGCCCCCGGAGCACAGCGGGAGUUCGCGCUGCGCUCCAGGGGCUUCAGGCUUCAGGCAGCUAUCCGCAAGCCUUCCAAGCACAGCAGGAACUUCCUGCGGAGGCUUUGCGCAGCUAACUCCAAGCUAGAACAGGGAGACGGAGUGCUGCGCAGUGCUCCGUCUCCCUGUUCUGGCUUUGGGCUUAGCCGCGCAGCCUGCAUUCGCUCUAUAGGACGCACACACAUUUCCCCUUAAUUUUUGGAGGGGGAAAAGUGCGUCCUAUAGAGCGAAAAAUACGGUAUUUCCUUAUUGUAUUGUUAACACCUCUGUGGCCUUCAUGCUGGAAGGCGGGAUAGAAAUACUCAAAUAAAUAUUAGCAUCAGGUAUAUGCAUCUGUGGUCUCUAAUGCAUUUUAUUUAAAAAGAGAGGAGUUAUUUCAUCCUGAAUUCUCCUUGCUGAAGUGUGAUUGCACCGUCCUCAAGCUCCCUCUCUUUGGUCUGUUUCUUUUCCCAGGGAUACCUUUGCAGCAAAAGGACAUCCUGAGAUUACAGCUUCCUGUUCCCUCAGCUCAGAGUGUCUCAGGUCUGACUUGCAAUACAGCAAAACCCCAUGGCCUGCUGGAGUUAAACUGCGCUUAAAGAACAGGUGAGGAGUGGAACAUUUCUGCCAAUGUUGCUGCACUACUGAUUCUUUCUUGUAUACUUCAGGCCGGGCAAAGGGAACCUCUGGUGUCAUGUGUGGGGCAGUUAAAGAUGCAGCUGCAAAGGAACCACCGGGAACAUUGAAGUGUGCCCCAGAUUGUGCUUCUGCAAGCCUUGGGUGCACUUUAAAAUUAGCAGCAAAUGCAAGGCCCACUGGAAUCAGCUCCACUGCCCAACCCCCUUUGCAUCCUUGCUUCAGCUCCACCUGGUCUGGAAGGAAGGAAUGAAGUAGGGAGCAUACUCUUAAGUUUGCACUCACAAAUAUUUCCUUUGAAGCUAAGUUACCUGACUUCUUACUGACACCAGGCGAUAGACAUUUACUUCUCAAAGCGGUGUGGGGGCUCAAGAAAUUUAGUUCCACCUGCCGGAUCCUGCUUCCCAGCCUUGCUUUAGAGCCACUUGCCCUAUACAAGAUAAUUUUAGCCAUUCUUUUUGUCUGUGCUUAGUAGUGUCUUGGUAUCAUAGUUUUUAGGGGGCUAACCUGGUUGGGAUAGCUGGGAUAGCAGGCUUGUUGGUUUUUGAAUGUCUUAUGUAGUUUUUUCAAUUUUGUUGUUCUGUAUAGUACAAUGACAAUAAAGAUUAUUGUAUCAUCUAGAUCUAGCAUACUUCGAUAACUUUGGGAGUCUUUAAAAGAAAUCCCAAAUGAGGGUGUAGAUUUGAAGGCUUCCAUUAACAGAACGUGCAGCUUGAACUUGUGGGUCCCUUCCCCACCAGAAGUAUGUCAGAGGGAACGAUACAUGUUCUUCCUCUGUCUACUCCUGUUUUAUGUCUUUCUUGUUCUCCUGCACCAUAUCGGUGGGUGCUAAAAGCAACUUUUCAUAUUGCACGUUGCAGCCUGAGGCACGCAAUGUAUGCAAGAUAUAUGCUUUCUAUGGACAGCUCCUUUGGGCCUCUCUACAAGGUAGUUAAGAUAUGCACUGGCCACAUAUUCAGGGUGACUUUCCUCUCCAGCCUUCUAUUACUUAACAGUGGCGGUUCCUUUCUGCUGCAUGAAGAUUUUCCUGGCUGGCACCAGCUGUCCUUUUGGGAAGCCCAAGGCUGGUAAGGAAACAUUUCACACAAUAGCAGGGCAUUGCUAGCUCAUUAGUGAUGUGGGCUUUCCAGUUUUCCAUUUCGAAUGGGAAGAUUUUACAGUUUUCAGGGCAAAUUAGGGUACGUAGUACUAUGAGUACCUGUUGCCGUUGUUUCCCAACUUUUAUUCCCAAUACAUCUUAUCUUCAAAAUGUGGCUGACACAAUAUCCUCAGAAAGAAAAUGCUUACACAAGAUAGAUUGUGGGCUAGAACACGGAGGAAAUUACUAAAAGCCAUUAGAUUUAUUUCCUUUUUUUUUUCAGAAGGGAAGACAUAUGCACUCAACUGUAACAAAUGAAAAUUUGCUCUCUCUUUAGGGAAAGAGGCCAUUAGGGUAAUUUGCAUCAGGAAACUUUCAGUUUGCAGGGGAAAUAUUCCUGCUGAGAGAGAGAGAGAUCAUUUAACUAGCAUUUAUCUUAAUUGUAUUUAGGAAACACAGCUUUUUCAAAAAGUACCCUAUGAUUAUUAUUUUUUGUCACACUACACCACAGAGAUUGGGACUUACGUGCUUCAACUUCGAAACAGCCUGGCUUGCCCGAUAUUGCAUUUGCAAUUGGAAUUGCAUUCAUUGUUACUAAUGAAUUUAUGAAAUUGAAAAUUUUCCAUGGGAAAAACAAAGCACCGGAAAAAAUUUUAAUGUUCUUCCCAAACAUUGCUGAUGCCAAUCAGUACUAGACAAGUAAGCCACCAUGGAGGAAGUAGCCAGGGUUGCAAAUAAGCUAACCUAUAGAGUCAUUGUGCAGGAUCGUCCAGGUGGUUCUUCGGCUGAUGUGGAGGCAAUGACUUGCUUCCCAUCCUAUUGACCAGUGUUUCCCAAACUUGGGUCUCCAGCUGUUUCCAGACUACAGUUCCCAUCAUCCCUGACCCCUGGUCUUGCUACCUAGGGACAAUAGGAGCUGUAGUCCAAAAACAGCUGGAGACCCAAGUUUGGGAAAAUCUGCUAUCAACUGUUUAACUGCAACAGUGUAUGUGAGUGUUCCUGGGUUCCAUAAACUCUGUUACUGAAUGCUCUGUAAUAUGGCUCCUUCCACUUUCUGGAUUUUAUUACAUCUCGUAAGCAUACUGAGCACUGAACAGAAGCAACACUGAAACAUCCCUGCAGUUCGGAACAUGGGGGCUGUUCCCUUACUGCAUGACAGAGCAGAAACAUCCAAGAGUGGGGAGAAAAAUCUGAAUUACUAGAUGAAAAAUAGGUGCCUUUGUUCUCUGUGCCUGCACACAUACGGAACCAGCUCAGCCUUGUUGAAGCGGAGGAUGCAGUUCUGUGUUGUUGGAGGUGUGGGCCAAAUAUUCUUCUUGUAAAUCACCAAGUCUCACCUUUUCUGGAGGAGGCAAGGAUAAUCAGCAAGACACUGAUUAGAUCAUGGCAAUUACCCCACUUCCUCCAAGGUCCUUCCCAGCUACCUGUUACUCCUCUGGCACAGGGCUGGAGAGAGGAGACAGUGCAAAAGUCAAGUCUUGUGUUGUGGGCAAAGCUCAGCUUCUGGGCAUUGGUGAUGCUUCUUUGCAGCUGCCUUGGUAGAAGAGCGGUUAAGAAGAGAGAUCCUGAGAUCCCGGUUGCUGGUGUUCCUCAGAAAGGCUUGGCUAAUAGAAGAUGUUUCAGGUGUGGCUUGGUUGUUUUCCAGUUCCAUCUCUGUUUGUUUACUACUUCUCUUAUUCUUUUACCUCUUCUGUUUUCCCUGCCCUCCCCUUUCCCUAUGGAGAAAGAAUAUUAAUUGUAUGAACUGAACAAUGUAGUUUAAGGUGAUAAGUGGAGUUGGGAAUGCAAUUCUUAAGAACAGGAUAGCUCCGUUGGUUAGAGUUUGGUGCUGAUAACACCAAGGUUGCAAGUUUGAUCCCCGUAUGGGACAGCUGCAUAUUCCUGCCUUGGACAAACUUGGCCCUCCAGCUGUUUUGGGACUACAACUCCCAUCAUCCCUAGCUAACAGGACCAGUGGUCAGGGAUGAUGGGAAUUGUAGUCCCAAAACAGCUGGAGGGCCAAGUUUGGCCAUCAAUGGACUAGAUGAUCCUCAAGGUGCCUUCCAACCCUACAGUUCUAUGAUUUUGUUAUAAGAAGAGCCAUCCUGGAUCAGGCCAAAGACCCAUCUAGCCCAGCAUGCUGUUCUCACAGCAACCAACCAGAUGCCCCCAGUGGGAAACCCAGAAGCAGGUCUUGACUGUAGCAGUCCUCUCCUCACUUGUGGUCCAGCGAUUCAUCAAGAAUCUAGCUGCUACAUGGUGCUCAGGUCCCUUGGAGCCCUAUAAAUUAAAGCCCAUAGCUGUCAACCGUCCCUUAUUUGGUGGGAAACUCCCUUAUCCCAGCGCCGUGUCCCGCUGCUGUCCCUUAUUGAUGAUGUCCCUUAAAUUUCCUGGGUUUCAAAGGAAGCAGCUCCUCUCCCUCCCUGCCUGCCGGCCAGGGAGGAGGGAGGCUCCAAUUGUGUUGCUUGGCUGCAUUGCUCACCCAGUAAGGGGUCUAAGAACGACUGGUGGGUGGAGCUUGCAUGCCUUGUGCCAAUCAAAUUGGCCGCGUUGCCUGGGGACUCGCCUUUGCUCAGCGCUUCCCAGUGGAGAGGUGACGGUGGUUUUCCUUGCUGCAUCCCCUUUGCUGGGUUGCUGCACUGUGGGAACCACCGCUCGAGGCUUCGUUUGGCUGCUGGCUGGGCUUUCUGCCUUUGGCUCGGAGGGGCUCAGAAGCUGAACAUACCUGUGUUUGGAAAACCCCUUAUUUUGGCUGCUGAUCCCUUAUUUUCGAGGCUGCUGGUCCCUUAUUUUCAAAUCUGUAAGUUGACAGCUAUGUUAAAGCCCGCUACCCGAAGAAGGAUUUCAUGUGUGAGUAACGUGAUGCAUCAGUGUUACAAACUCAGAUAAAUAAGCUUGGUGCCAAAUGGCUCCUUAAACCAGGGUUGCAGUCGCCAAAACUGAAUGUCUAGUUGCUAUUCGGGGGCUAGAUGGUUGUAUUCUUCAGUACGACUUUUUGGUUCCUGACAUUCAUUCUUGAUUGUGCAGAUAAAAUAUCACAGAUAGAAUUCUUCAGGAUGUGUUGUUAGUGUGUGAAAACAGGCACGAUCCAGGGAUCCCCAGGCACGCACUUCCAGAUGGUGGAGACACCAUGCGCCAUCCUUGCACCCGGGCAUCUUCACUUGGUCGCAAGUGGACAAUAGCCAGGUGCAAAAUGUGCCUGGCGCCUGGCAAAUUUCAAACGCUGUGAUGCGUCCGUUUCCCAAGCUCCCUGUGACAUUUUCUGUUUAAACUGGACAUCACCUUGCCUCUUUGGCAGUGGGAACAGCAGAGAAAAACUUCAAAAGAACUUCUGCCUGCCAUGCGCGAAUUAUUUUCUUAGGUGGCAGCUGAUGUUCCCUGUAUUCUUAUUUGUGUAGACAUUCCGCCUUCUGAUGGUUGCAUUCAGUUUGUGGUAUAAGGUUCUUAGAAGAUGGGUGAGACAAAGGAAGAAACGUGAGUCCUUUAUAUUGCAGCAGCAAGUAGAUAAGAGAGCUUUAAAGCCAUAAGGUAAAUAAAAGGAAUCGCCUUACCAACUUUGUCCCCAAGCCUCCUUCCCACUGCAGGAUAUCCUGGUUCUUUCUUUGUGUGCCUGUUUUCUUUCUCGCCCUCCUCCACACUUUCUUUCCUUGUGUCUAAAUAUGUUGGCAGAUGCUGGCAGCACUUGGCUGCAGGAAUGUGUGGGUGGCGUUUGCUUGUCUGCCUGCCACACCCCGAGAACUACACUCGCAUAUUUGUAAAAGCCGGCAGGGCACUACAAUAGCACGAGCAUGGAAAGAAAAAACAAAAAGAAUUCUGUGAUGCAGUUUCUGUAAAUGUCUGUAAACUUUGUUCCCAAGACAAAACACGUUUGCUUUUUAUUGUAAGUGUCUUUGAUACAGUGGUACCUCGGGUUACAUACACUUCAGGUUACAUACACUUCAGGUUACAGACUCCGCUAACCCAUAAAUAGUUCUUCAGGUUAAGAACUUUACUUCAGGAUGAGAACAAAAAUUGUGCUCCGGCGGCGCAGCAGCAGCAGGAGGCCCCAUUAGCUAAAGUGGUGCUUCAGGUUAAGAACAGUUUCAGGUUAAGUACGGACCUCCGAAAUGAAUUAAGUACUUAACCCGAGGUACCACUGUAAUAUGAUCAUUGGAUAUGUGUGUGGAUUGAGGUGGGGCAGAGAAGAAGUGACUGUUGAGUCAGAGAAUUGUACAGUUGUGUACGUGUGUCUGUCUCUUUUUCUAUAUACAGUGGACGCUCGGGUUGCGAAUGUGAUCCAUGCGGGAUGCACGUUCACAACCCGCAGCAGCGCAUAUGUGCAUGCGCGGGUUGUGAUUUGGCGCUUCUGCGCAUGCGCAAAGAACGAUUUAGUGCUUCUGCGCAUGUGCAACCGCCGAAAACAGGAAGUAACCCAUUCCGGUGCAUCCGGGUUUCGGCAGUCCGUAACCCAAAAAAACGCAACCUGAAGCGUCUGUAACCCAAGGUAUGACUGUAUAUACAGUAUAUAUCUAUAUUCUGUCUUGGUUGGUCGGUCUUUCUCUCUCUAGAUCAGAGCUUUCCAAACUCUGUCACGACACGUUAGUGUGUCGGCUGCCGUGUGUAUGUGUGGUGCGCAAAUGCUCUUAUAAGGGGCUAGUUUAACCUCCGAUUUGCUAGUAAUACUGAAUAACUGUGUCACGAAACGAUUCACGUCUAAAAAGUGUGUCACCAACAUGAAAAGUUUGAAAAGCUCUAGAUACAUACAUACACUCUAGUCACCUGGGUCUGUACUGCUAGAGAAAAAUGUCAACUUUUGCAUGCAAAAGCACUGAGCAUAUGACACUUGCAUCAGAGACGGUUAAAACAUCAGCAGAAAGAAAAAGGCCAGGUUUUGCAAAUGGCUAUUCUUUGAUGAUUUUAAUGCAGUAUGACACAGGUCAGAUUCACAUAUUGGGUGCUUUAAAUGUGCAUGGAAGCACAAUGAUCAGCAAAAGCAGCCAGCCUUGUGUCAAGACUUGGCAGCAAAUGGAAAAUUGUUGCUUUUUCUGUGUGCAGGUUUGGCCUUUGAGGACACAAGGUUUCACUCAGAAAAAAGUGGCCUUUUGGUUUUCUUUUGGCAUUAUUUUUGCUUCUUUUUAGGUUGAUGACAAAUCCUACACAUUUACAUCAGUUCUGAGCUUCUCUUAAAUACUCAGAAGUACAGGCAAUCCUUGUUUUGUACAGAGGUUACAUUCUGGACCCCUGCGCGCAUUGACGGGAUCCACAUAAAGCAUUUUGCCUUUGUUUCAACCCGUCCUACCCUUUUAGUGGUAUUUUAGUGAUGUUUUUGGGUCACUUCUGGGUUCAGUGCCGUGCGCACAUGCACAAUUGCGUUUCAUUGGGACAUGCAUAAAUCAGUUGUUGCCUGUGUGUGUGUGUGUGUGUGUUGAAAAACAGAAAGAAGGAGCUGUGGAAUUGUCAACAGCUCAAAAAUCAAUAACAGCUGAAUAUCCUGAACAAUAUUAAAACAAAGUGGGAGUUUAAAACACCUGCCAGUUUUGAUUUUCGCUUUUAAGUGUGCUUGUCAGAACACAAUCCAAGGGCCAGAUUGGAUAUGACAGGAAAGUCUUAUCCAAUUGUGAAACGCCCAGUGCAUUUUAAUGGAAACUUUCCACAGGUUCAGAACAAUUUGAGUAUCCUAGGUGAGAUGUUACCUUACCAGAAAUGCUCAAUAAAUUGCAUUCUUGUGCUCUUUCGGAGGAUUUCCACUUGAACUCAUUGGACAUGCAGUUAUUUUAUUAAAGUUCUUAGUAUAUUCAUUCAGGACCAUUUGAUGCUGCUUUUUUCCUCUUCUGUAGAUAGAUAGAUAGAUAGAUAGAUAGAUAGAUAGAUACAGUGGUACCUUGGGUUACAAUCGCUUCUGGUUACAGACGCUUCAGGUUACAGACUCCACUAACCCAGAAAUAGUACCUCAGGUUAAGAACUUUACCUCAGGAUGAGAACAGAAAUCGCACGGCGGCGGCAGCGGGAGGCCCCAUUAGCUAAAGUGGUGUUUCAGGUUAAGAACGGACCUCCAGAAUGAAUUAAGUCCUUAACCAGAGGUACCACUGUAGAAAAAGAGUUUGGUUUGGUAUCCCGCUUUAUCACUACCUGAAGGAGUCCCAAAGCAGCUAACAAUCUCCUUUCCUUUCCUCCCCUACAACAAACACUCUGUGAGGUGAGUGGGGCGGAGAGACUUCAGAGAAGUGUGACUGGCCCAAGGUCACCCAGCAGCUGCAUGUGGAGGAGCGGGGAAGCGAACCCGGUUCACCAGAUUACGAGUCCACCGCUCUUAACCACUACACCAUGCUGGCUCCCUGUAGAUAGAUAGAUAGAUAGAUAGAUAGAUAGAUAGAUAGAUAGACAGACAGACAGACAGACAGAUAGAUCCAUCCAUCCAUCCAUCCAUUCAUAUGCCCUACUCUGGCUUACCUAAGUAGCUUUCUGGUUUGUGCCCUUGGAAGGCACCUUUCUGAAAUCCACCCUGUGUUGCAAUGUGGAUGGAGAUUAUACGUUUGCUGAGAGCGGUGCUUGCAAACAGGAAGCAGCUCCACUGGAGAAGAAUGUUUGAGUAGGAGGGAAUUCCAGGCUUUGCCUCCCAUAGCCUUGGCCAUUGCCACUGACUGCAGUCAUGCCUCUCAUUUACUUGUGUAAACACAGAAAGAUUAAUGAGAUGGCAUAGCAAUGUGUGAAAUUGCGGAAAGGAUAAAAUAGCUGUUUUUAGUCUUCUGGGAAACUUGGGGGCUUUAUGGCCUAUGACCUGGCAACAUCCAGCAUGGUUCUGUUUAACUUCAUGUUCACUGCCUCGGUUCCUGUCUUGGUGCUCCAUGAUACCCCAGGGAGAAUUUUGUGGAGGCUUUUAGAUUAAAAGGAAAGAGGCAGGGAUGCUCUAGCAAGGCAUGGCCAAUGCAGCUUAGUUGUUACUAAGAUUUAUUAAUUGAGAUGCUACUCAUUUAUUUAUUUUAAAAAUUAUUUUAUGCACAAAACCCCAACAUGCCUAUGUACACUAGGGACACUUCAGGGGGGGAAAUAAGGCAAUGCACUCCUUUUUUAGACCUUCAAAUAUGUGUGAUACUUUCAGUAUGCAAAGCAGUAGAUAGCCAUAUUUAAUUUAAGCAAUAAUUGGAAAUUAUUACACUGUAUUUAAUUUGGAUGGUGGCACUGAUGUGCAUGCUUGCACUUUGUGGCAAGCUAGGCGUAUUGCUGGUAGUCCCAUCAAUUGUUGUCAAAUCCCUACAAAGCAGAGCAUAUGUGCAGUAGAACAUGAGUUGAUUGGAGGAAAGUUCCAAGCUGCUCCCCAUCUCUCCCCCCCCACCCGUGAGCCUCUCUAAAAGCAGAAGGAAUCCCUGCCAAGAGAAAAAUGACUGGAGGGAAAUAGUUUCAGGAAGAAGGGCUUUAGCUCAUGUCACAAAUUUGCAUGAACUUUGCAGGUGCCAAUAUUUAUGUAUAGAUGCAAAAUCAGAUGGACUUUCAGAGGGAAAAUCCACCCUGUAAGCAAAGUUUGAAAAUGGGGGGAGGAAAACCUAAGGCCUGGGGCAAAAUACCUAGGUCUCAGGCCUUGGGAAGACAGGUGAACUAAUAUCAAUGUACCAGAAGAAGCAAAGAUCACCAGUGUUGAAGCAAUGAUUCUUCAACAUCAACUUCGUUGGAGUGGUCAUGUUGUGCGGAUGCCUGAUGAUCGUCUUCCAAAGCAACUACUCUAUUCUGAACUUAAAAAUGGAAAGUGUAAUGCUGGUGGUCGACAAAAGAGGUUUAAAGACUGUCUCAAGGCAAAUCUUUAAAAAUGUAGUAUAAACACCAACAAUUGGGAAGCACUUGCCUGCGAGCGCUCCAGUUGGAGAACAGCCUUUACCAAAGGUGUCAUGGGCUUUGAAGACACUCGAACUCAGGACGCAAGGGAGAAACGUACUAAGAACUCAGGACGCAAGGGAGAAACGUACUAAGGCACGCUUGGCAAAUCCACACUGUGAUCUAUUCUCGCCCGGAAACCAAUGUCCCCACUGUGGAAGCAUGUGUGGUUCCAGAAUUGGCCUCCACAGUCACUUAGGGACUCAUGGUUAAAACUGUGUUUAUGGAAGACAAUCUUACUCGGCUAUGAGUGAUCACAGAAGAAGAAGAAGAAGAAGAAGAAGAAGAAGAAGAAGAAGAAUACCCCAACAACAACACCCCUGUUCCUCAGAAGCAAACACCAGGGUCUUUGACCAAGCCACUGGUUUUAACUACUGAAUGACUUGCUUUAAAGCACUAAACGAGGGUUAGACAUACCUGCUAAAGGCAAAAAUCUCUUUGCAUUAAAUAAAGAGGUGACUGGCUUGUAUCAAUGACAACUUUGCUAUUAUUGCAUUGCUUUUUUGCAAUUUAACUUUGCAUAUAAGCAAGAACUGGCCUUUGAACAUUGUUGUAUUCUCCACUCGUCUCGAUAAAAAAACACCACUCUUUCCCACCUCCUUAAAUGUGAAACAGCACCUCUGGAAGUGGUGCUGCUUUGGUGGAAUAAUGCUGUGCUUAUCACAUUUCCCUUCCAACCCAGCCUUGGCACAUGGUAACAGAGUUCUAGGAACCUAAAUAGACAGGCUUAGGAUGGAGGAAUCAAGCUGCAGUAGCUUGGCCUAAUUCCCAGCAUGCUAUUGUCAGCAAUGUGGCUUCAUCUUGAUUGCAACCAACAAUUUUUUUUUUAGAGGAUUGAGGCUUUGUGCAACUGAAAUCCUAAUAAGCUUCCAAGUGCUUUAGUUUUUCCUGUCCUCUCUGCAAACCUCUGGUAUGAUUUUGGCAGAAUUAUGUAAAGGCAAACUUUAUGUGGUGGCCUAAAUCAACAUUCCUUAUAGGUGCUGCCCCCACUGUAGCUCAAUGCAGAUGAUUCCAGGUUCAAUCCCCAGUGCCUCCAGCUAAGGCCCAUUUUUUUAAUUGUGUUUUUUAUUUCUUCUUUUAUUUCUUAAUUGUUGUUUUGUUGCAUUGCAGUUUGAAUUCCGUAGAAUUCAGAUUGCAGUAGACUAAAAUAUAGUAUAAGAAAUCAAAGGAGUGAUACAAAUACAAUCGGGGGGGGGGGAGCAACAUCUAGUAAAGUGAGCUACAAUUGCUACAAUAGGCAGAAAAGUCAUUAGCAAAUUUCACGUGGUCCAUGGGGCAAAAGGUUUGGGAAUCACUGGAGCAGACCCAUUGAAAUGAGUGGACGCAAGUUAGUAACGUUCAUGAAUUUCAAUGGAUCUGCUCUGCGUACGACUAACUUUGAAUGCACCUCUAUAAAAGCUAAAAGAAUGUAAAAUCCAGGAUUCCUUAAGGAGGAAGGAGCACGGGCCAUUUUCAAGCCAUUUCCCCAAAUAAUGACUUUCUCUUUUCUGUUUUGUUUACAUUGAGUUGAACAGCUUAUUCCUAUUUUAUUUAUAUACAGUACGAUCUUUCCUCUCAAGGAGCAAAGGACAUGUUUAAUAAUAUGCUAAAAUAACUAAAAUAGCAGCAGAGUCACAAUAUCAACACAGCAGGGCUCUGGAGAAUGAACUAUUGAAAUCUUACUUUGAGCAAAGAGAGUGCGCUGGUACCGAUAGAUCAUUUGAAAGGGAAAUGCCUGAUGUUUAUGUAGGCUGUUUUGCAGGAGCCUCUAGGGUUGCAGCAUUCUGUCAGUUAAUUGGUUAGAUGUGUCAACUAAAAGUCCUUUGAUUGCCUAAGAAGGUGCCCUUUGCUAAUUGAGCAAAAUGCUUUCAAAGGGUGUUAAUGGUUUUUUCAUAUAACUUAUAACAGCUGCAGAUAGGACUGCAUUUCCUGUUUUUAUGUGCAAGAGGAAAGAACACCUAUUUAGGUGUCUGCUGCAACACAGUGAUCUGGCUUGCCCCACACUGCAAGGCAGACUAUGGCUUAGCAAGACCAUGCAGAUAUGUAGGCUCCCAGAGAGAAGCUCACAGCCACUUACCUCCUCCCUGGCCAUUUUUACUGCUGUGCUAAGUCAAAGUUUGGCUUAGGAUCUUGUCUGAACUGGGACUCACAGUUAAGCCAACUACAAGCUAUAACCUUGAUUAACACUCUUGGUUAGCAAAGCUUAACCAUGAGCUUUGCUUUGGACAACAUGCUAAACCAAACCUUGGUGUGGCAGUAAAAAGGACCAGGAAGCAGCUGCAAACUCCUCUCUAAUAACCUUCAUAUUGCAUGGACUUCCUAAACCGUAGCUUGUUUUACCGUGUCAUGUGAAUCAUCUUACUCUCCUUAUCCAUCACAGAUCAGGACCCUGGACAGAACUGGAGGUGCUGAUCCAGAGGUCACUGGCUGGCUAAAUCUCAGAACCUUGGCCAGCAAUCCUGCAGUAAGACGACUUAGCAAUGCCCCGGAGCAACCAUCCGGGUUUUAUGGUCCCACAAAGAAAGUCAGUCUGAAGGUUCUACUCCCCUGAAGGCUGCAGGGCCAGAUUGAGAAGGCGAUUGGGCUGUCUCCGGCCCCCAGGCCUUAGGUUGCCUAUCCCUGACCUAAUUCCUCGCAGGGUUGUGUGUGUGUGUUUUUCCAUGCAUCAAAUGCCUACCUCCAGACCUCUCAGAUGUGACAGUUAGGGAAACUGAGGUUUUGUGUCUCAAAGUGAUGCAAGAACUGGAGUUUCUAGGAAGCUUUGCUAUUGAGUAUGCUAAUCCAAGAAAAAACAAGAUAAGCCACAAAGAACAGGAGGAAACCGCCUAGGGCCAAAUACCAAGCUCAUUUGAUAUUGCUUUGGCCAGAGUUUUGCUGUCAAAAGUGUUGAUGAAUGUCACAAGGCAACUUCAUAUCUGCCAACAUUUGCAAUCCAGAACAGGGAGACUUGGGUGAAAAUAUGCCUGCUCCAUAAAUUCAUUUACUCAGGAGGAAGCCUGCUGAUCUCAGAAGGACUUACUUCCCUAGCCUUGCCGCAGUUCUGAGUGAAUACAGCUAGAGAUUAGGAUGUAUGGUCACUUUCACACAAGAUGCUUAAAUGGGGUUGCUUUUUUACUCUCCCAUUUGCUGCUUUUGCAAAUGGAAUGCAAUUGCUGCCUUAGCUAGAUAAUACCCAUUGGAUUUAAAUAUGGUGAAUCUGCUUUCUGAUCUGCAUUUAGCACUCAUAUUCAAAAGCAAGCAGUCAAGCAAACCAGGGUGGGAAACAGCAGUAUCUUAAGUGUGAAAAAUGGUCUUGGGUACAUACUCACCUUCCACCUUUGACCUUGAAGUCUUCACCCCAGGUCCCAAGACCUUAAUCCGGGGAUGUAGUAUUAACAGAGGCCUCUGAGGUGUCCUCCCAGUUCAUGCUGAGAAGGACGGCUGCCAGACCAGAAGUGUCACCUUGCACGCAGCUUCCUUGGGUCAAGUUGUUCAGAAGCAAUACUAGCCAUUUUAUAAAUUAAAGCUGCGGUGGGCAAAAGAUAGAUCAGGGUGUAUACCUUAGGGUGAUUUUCAGUAGAUCAGCAUGGGUAUCUGAUUCCUGAAUAUUUCUUUGGAGAGCAAGAGAGAGAGAGAAAGAGAAAGAGAAAGAGAAAGAGAAAGAGAAAGAGAAAGACUGUCUGCACACACACACAGAGAGAGAGAGAGAGAGAGAGAGAGAGAGUCUAUAUCUAACUGAUGUGGCUGAAGCAAAACAACUCAGCUGGAGUGUGUUGAUUCACUUGGCCCAGAGUCUGUGUUUGCUAUUGUUGAUGUGGCUCUGCAGGAAGGUACAUUCUGUUACAGCAUAGAAUCUACUUAAUACACAUAGGUUGUCUUCGGUUUAGCUUUCCUUCCACUUCUGUUAAUUUGCAUUAACCACUUCGUGCACGAGAAAAGAAUGAAAUUUCACGGCAUAGUUGUUUAUAUUGCUGCUAGUUUUCUUAACGUGAAAAGAAGAAGAAAAAGAGUCAUUGUGGCAGCUUAGUUGGUCCUGCUUAAUCUGUCUGCAUCACAGAUGCCCUGGGACAGACUUGUGCUCUGGUCACUUCUCUUCCGUGACUCAGUUGCUCACUUUAUGCACCAGCAUUUGAUUCAGUUUCACCACAGUUUUGCCACGGCACUGAAACACAGUUCAGGCUCCAAAAUCCAUACUAGGGCAAUACCAUUAUUAGGCCGUUCAAAAUUCCCCCAAACAGCCACAGCAAGUUUUUAAGUUCUCUAAAGAAGAAGAAGAAGAAGAGUUUGGAUUUGAUAUCCCGCUUUAUCACUACCCGAAGGAAUCUCAAAGCGGCUAACAUUCUCCUUUCCCUUCCUCCCCCACAACAAACACUCUGUGAGGUGUGUGAGGCUGAGAGACUUCAGAGAAGUGUGACUGGCCCAAGGUCACCCAGCAGCUGCAUGUGGAGGAGCGGAGAUGCGAACCUGGUUCACCAGAUUACGCUGUCCUCAUUUAUGGUGGUGAGGAGGACCAUAAAUGUUUCCACUUCCACAUUGGACUAAACCACAGUUUCCUGUUGCAUACAGGUUCAGGGACUGUGGUUUAUUCUAAUCCUUGAAACCAAACAGGAUCGAAUUUCGGUUUGCUAACUGAUAUGCCCCAUACAUAAGGACCUGUAUUCUGAGAGCAUCAUUUUACUUUCCUCUUUCUCCCAUUUACCCUUCACCCCAAUUCUGCUUAUGCAGUUGAAGGGCAAUAGCUGAGGACUGGUUACAUGCAGAUCUGCAAUUUUGAAGUCAAUGAGAGGUUUCUGUUGACUACCAGGUAGAACUGCCUACGUUUUCCUCCUCCCCAAUCCACCGAAGACCAAACAACGCCACACCUGUUCAGACAAAUACAGUUCAAACCUUUGCAACAGGAGGAAGUUCUGGCCUGUUUGGAAAUCGCAGCACUCAUCGCAUGACACUUAAUCCACACUUUCCGAACAGAGGUAGGCUAUAGACACAAUGCAAAGCUUUGCCCCACAGCUAUUUAUACUUGUCUCUUGGUUCAGGUCCACAGCUUAAUUAUUUACUGGAUUACUUUGUUCUGGGGCUGUUUGGCUGAAGUGCUUUAAAAAUAUUGCAGGCUUUAAAAAAUAAAAUAAAACCAAACCCUGACAAGGCAGCCCUCAGAAGCCAGUUGCUGGCUGCUUCGAGGGGGAGGGUGUUUUAUUUCUGUCAGACAAUGUGCUUUCUCAAGCAAGAAAUGAGAAUGUCCUAGGUUUUGAUUCGACCAGAACUACAAAGAAAUCUUUAAAUCCCUCUGGCCUCUCUGUGUGCUGCGUGGAGACAUCUUGAGGGUCUCUCUGAAGAUCAGGCUGUGAAUUGCUGAGUUAAAUCCCAUUCUGUCUGCCUCCUAGCCUACGGCAUUCAGUUUCCUUGUUUUCUUGGCAAAGGAUUCUACAAGGGGCCUCUGUCUGAAAGGCACCUAUAUAUGAUAUUUAAUUUGUGCAGCUCCUCUUAGGAACCUUCACCCCUUACUAAUAUGAUUCUGUCAACAGAGGCGGGUGGUGAGGAGUAAGAGAAUCGCAUUCUUUUGGUGGUAUUCAAAAAGGCUCAUGAAACCCAAAGACUUAGGCUGUGUUUCCCAGCUAGAAGGCAAAGUAUUUAUAUCCUCCCUCUCAAUCUCUGCAAUUCUUUCUGGAUGUGGAUAACAAUAGUUUGGAUGGAAAAUUAAACAGAUAAAAGCUGUUGGUGCAUCCUUCUCAUUCUUCUAACUGAAACAGGUGGCACUUGGGAGUAUCUUAAGAGUAAGAGCUAUCUACCUUCAGAAAAAUGAAACAGUCACUGAGUUUCUGCAUGAGUCAGUGAACUGUGUCUGUUGCCUCCGAAAGCAGACAACUGUGGUGUUUGUUCUUUGGGAGUGAAUGCGUGAUCCUUCAUGCAGAGAAAUUACCCACACCCAGUAGAUGAUGGCCUGACAAAUAAUGACCCAGAUCAGUAAAUCACUCUGAGAGGCAACAGGCACCCUCUUUUAUGCUCAUUGUUUGAAUGCAAUUCUCUCACAACCCACACUGUUUAGGAAUCACCCUGCAACAGUGAGUUGUUAAGAAACUGAGCAGGGUUAGAAGCCACCAGUAGAGGCAGUGAAAACGCUUCCCCUUCCUAGUCUGUGACUUGUUUCAGGCCCAACCUGCAAAAAUGAAAGCCACUUCAAGUUUGCUUAGUUUUUAACCAUAUAUAUGCAACUUUCCCCUCCUCUUGGGGAGCAGGUGCAGAGGCAGGCAAGGGCUCCUGUCCCAUUAACCACAGCUGAGACUGUGGGCAUACGUAGCUUGCCCCGUGUCAUGAUGAGAAAAGAUGCAUUUGUCAGAAUUCUAUUCCCCCCCCCAAUAUUUUUUUAUUCAUUUUAUAACACAAAUAAAAAACACAAACAGAAAAGACAAACAAUACGAACAAAUUCUUGUCAUAUCCUUAUUUUUCUAAACAUUGUUAAUUGGGCUUCCCCAAGUCCCACCUAUCUGAUUUUCAUUUUACUUCAUCUUUAGCAGUUUACAUAUAUCAUAAUUUCUAACCAUCUUUUUUUUUUAAAAAUCACACUUAAAAUAACUUCACAUUUUAUCACUUACAAAUAAUACUGUUUUAAAAUACCCUAUCUUCUAACCCUACAACCUAUAUCCACUUCCAAAGCUAUUCUAAGGUUUAAAUAUUAACAUAUUUUUUCAAAUAUUCCUUAAACCUCUUCCAGUCUUCUUCGCAUUUGCCAGAAUUCUAAUGCAGGUUGUUGAAAGAAGCAUUAUCAAAAACUAUAUACCUCUGACUAGUUUUCCACAUGAAUUAGGUUAAUGGGCUGGUUUUCCAUCGAGACCAUGAAAUUUCGCAGUGUAAUGAUAGCAACCAGUUCAGCGUUUUACUGCCUUAUUUGCAUCUUCCCUGUUCUUUUUUUUUUUUUAAAUGAUAUUUAUUAAAGUUUCACAUAAAAAAAGACACAUAAAUAAAAAAAGAAUUUAAGAUAAAAAGAAAACUACACAAUACAAAAUACAAAAUACAAAAAGAAAAAAGAAAAAGCAGUUAAAAACAAUUCCAUCUUUUCAUCACUACUUUUAGAUUUACUUAUUUCCUGGACCUCCUCAUACCUCCCUCUUUUGUAUUCCAAUUCAAUUUGUUUGUCCAGCAAUUCCUUCCCCUCCUUUUUAAUCCCAAUGCUUAAUCUUAAUAUAAUAUAACAUUAAAUUUUUACCUAUUAAAAGCCAAUUUUCCUGCAUCUUCCCUGUUCUGUCUGAUGGGCAGGGUACAAAUUAUUAUUAUUUCAUGUACUUCAUUGUGCUUCAGUAUAACCGUGCUUUCCUUUAUUCUUUAACCCUGUUGUGUGGGUAUUCAAUUCCCCCGUGUGAUUAGAAUCACGUCGGGGAGAGCAGGAUAUGUUAGCUUGCCCUUCUGCCUCCAUUGCUUGUCUGUGCCCAUUAGACAGUUGUACUCAUGGAGGCUCAACACCAACAUGGUUCUUAAUCCCAUGGAGAGCAGAUUCCCUGUUGCAAAUGUUCACUCCAGUGCACGGAGGGUGGAGGGCUGCGCACGUGGGUGUAACAGUGGGGCAGGGUUAGUGAGGCUAUCCCUGCUCCCUUUUGCAUGGAGGGAACUAACAACCCACAAAGGGAUUGUGUCUCCUGUAUAUCUGGUCACCCUCUCCCAUGAUCUUUCCCUUCCCCUGUUUUUAAAUGAAACUUAAGCCAAACACAAUGUUGAUGGUGCCACGUGCAUUGUCAACAUCAGUCUGAAGCAGGGGUGGGGAGCUUCAGGUCCAGAGACCAAAUGUGACACUCCAACCCUGCCUGCCUGGCUCUUGGGAGACUCCCCAGGCCAUGCGCGCGUGCGCACACACAUACACACACACACCAGCCACACUGUCAUGGACUGGUUGAAUGCCGAGGAAUGGUGGUAGAAACCAGCUGGGGAACCAGCAAGGGAAGAAGGCUCAGACCCCAGGGAGUGGUGGUGAGAUGAUGAUGAGCAGUCAGAGGGAGAAGGAAGUGUCGGAAGCUGAAGGGGAAACAGCGCUUAGUGAGCUGGGAAAGUCGGUGGCAGGGGGCAGUCAAGAAGCUGAAGCUGGCAAGUGGGAGGAAGGAGGUCAAGAGGCAGAGACGAGUCACUGGUGUCUCCCUCACCUACUGUGACAAGCUCCCCUCCCAUCUCUCCGGACCAGGAGAGGCAUGAAAGGGGCAGAGGAGAGAUUGGUGGAACGCAGGCACGGUCUCCAAUUGCUUGGGAAAUGCCAUGGAGAGGAGGCAACAUGACAGCUGUGGGGAGGUGGGGCAACUGAUUUCAUGGAGUAAGACCCACAGGGAAUGAGCUCCUGUGUGCAUUAGGGCUCACUCAGCCAAGUAUGUGGAGAUCGUGUUUUUGCAAAUAAUGAGUUAAACUCCAACUUUGGACUGCGUGAUUUACCGACCUGCACACUCCCUACUGCCCCUUCUUUGUACCCUCUGUGAGAGUGUUUUUACCUGGCUGUAAUCACCUCCUGGAAAAUAGAAGGGGAAGAAAUGGAGGCAGUGAGAGAUUUUACUUUCUUGGGCUCCAUGAUCACUGCAGAUGGUGACAGCAGUCAUGAAAUUAAAAGACGCUUGCUUCUUGGGAGAAAAGCAAUGACAAGCCUAGACAGCAUCUUAAAAAGCAGAGACAUCACCUUGUCAACAAAGGUCCAUAUAGUUAAAGCUAUGGUUUUCCCAGUAGUGAUGUAUGGAAGUGAGAGCUGGACCAUAAAGAAGGCUGAUCGCCAAAGAAUUGAUGCUUUUGAAUUAUGGUGCUGGAGGAGACUCUUGAGAGUCCCAUGGACUGCAAAAAGAUCUAACCUAUCUAUUCUGAAAGAAAUCAGCCCUGAGUGCUCACUGGAAGGACAGAUCCUGAAGCUGAGGCUCCAAUAUUUUGGCCACCUCAUCAGAAGAGAAGACUCCCUGGAAAAGACCCUGAUGUUGGGAAAGAUGGAGGACACAAAGAGAAGGGGACGACAGCAGACGAGAUGGUUGGACCGUGUUCUCAAAGCUACCAGCAUGAGUUUGACCAAACUGCAGGAGGCGGUGGAAGACAGGAGUACUUGGCGUGCUCUGGUCCAUGGGGUCACGAAGAGUUGGACACGACUAAACAACAACAAUGUGCUAUCAACUCUGAUAAGUCCUCUUGCUUCCCUGGACGAAGAGAAGGGUGUGAGAGCAUGUGCAGAAACUAGCCUACUGCACAAAGGCAAAAUUUGCACUUGUUCCUCUGCCCACCACUUGCACGUGGCCCCCAGAAGGUUGAAUGUGGCCCUCAGAUUGAAACAGUUUCUGUACCCUUGGUUGAAGCAAGGCUCUCUAGUAGAUUCCAAGCCACAUUCCUCUUAAGCUUGCCACCAAAGCUUCAGGUUUAAUCUAAUGACAUUUUUGACAUUUAGGGUAUCCUCUUGCACCAGGCCCAAUAAAAUGGUUAGUGUGUUUUUCAGCACGAUGGUCUCAGUGGAACACACUGAUGCAUAGCACCAGAGCAGAAUGUAAUAAACAUUAGGGAGCAGAGACCAUGAUGUGUUUGUAUUCUUGACAGGGUCACGCUGCUGGCACAGAAUAAAUGCUAAAUAAUAAUCAUAUUGCUCCUGCCCCACCUGUCAGGGUAUCUGAGCAAGUUCCUGUCUCUAAUUAUUUUACCCCUUUUUGUUCUUUUUCCAGACGAAGCGACCCUGUGGGCCGACCGCACUCCUGGCAUUCUGCCAAGUUCAUAGAGAACCAGCCCGAUCUCAGCAUGAUGCAAAUAUCUCCUGGCAUGAUUGGCACUCCUUGGCACCAAGCCUACCAUUCCAGGUAAGCCUCACAGCAUUUUGGCCAAAAAAAACAACAACCCCUGUAUCCGAGGAUUGGUGUGUUGUGUGCUUCCCAUUCCAGGAAGAGAACAAUUUAUGCUCCACCCUGAAAGCAUAAUCCUCAGCGGUAAUCUGCAUUCACCUCACAGUCUUUUAAAAGCUGCUGAGCUUUCUCUGCCAGGUGCCGCGCUACCUUUAUGGAUCUGAAACAAUGGUGUAUCAAGUUGAACAGGCAGGUACUCUCAGCUAUUUUUGCAAAAGCUGUGCGGCCACGGUGGUGGAGCGGGGGACUUAUCAAGCAGUGAACUUUGCCCGAAUUUCCAUGCUGAUUGUAGAAUUCUACAGGCUCUGCGCUAAAAAAAAGAAAAGAGCAGAUAAAUCAAAAUUCUGAAUUCUAUAGCCUUUGCACAUUAUUCAGAUUUCAUUCGUUUGCUGCUUUUGCAUCAUCUGUUCUGCUUGCUCUAUCCCAGGGGUCAGCAAACUUUUUCAGCAGGGGGCCAGUCCUCUGUCCCUCAGACCUUGUGGGGGGCCGGACUAUGUUUUGAAGGGGGGGGGAAUGAACGAAUUCCUAUGCCCCACAAAUAACCCAGAGAUGCAUUUUAAAUAAAAGCACACAUUCUACUCAUGUAAAAACACCAGGCAGGCCCCACAAAUAACCCAGAGAUGCAUUUUAAAUAAAAGGAGACAUUCUACUCAUGUAAAAACACGCUGAUUCCCGGACCAUCUGCGGGCUGGAUUUAGAAAGCAAUUGUGCUGGACAGGCCCCCGGGCCUUAGUUUUCCCACCCAUGCUCUAUCCCUUUCAAGUUUGUUCCAUUUGCAGAAUACAUACAGGUUUCAGGAUUCAGCUUUUCGUGGCACACGGAUAUGUUUUUUAAAGGAGCUGAUCAUAUAGAGCUUCGGCCUGUUCCCUACAAUGUGUUUCCACUUUUCUGUAUCUGUUCUGAAAGAUGGAACAUAACACAACCGGAAAGUUCUUAGUGAUGUUUCUUUUUUGAUGUAUAGACAAAUCCCCAGUCUUUCAAUCUCCUUGAACAUCUUUGUAGCAGAUUCCCAAUCUCCGCAUCAGCACAGUAGUUUCCUCCUCCCCAACUUAGCCGCUGGAAUUUCAAGACCUCUGUGAAACCUAAAUACUGGCACCAAUAGUAAUUUAUUGAGAUCAAAGGAAGCAUGGGAUGGGAAAGCAGGAAGAAACUCUAGGAUUACAAAAAGAAAUGAAAAAAGAAACCAUUCCAACAGAGAUGUGUGUUCUCUUUCUCUCCUUGACACCCAACACAAAUCAUCUGGCAACAGCAUUCCUUCCUUCCCAGGGAGCUGCCUUUUUUAAAAAUUAUUCUUUGCUAUGGCCUAGCUCAUAGAGUUCCAAGCCCCAGAUUUCUGCCGUCUCUGUUGUCGCAUCUCUGCUGGCAUAGAAGCCAUCACUCCAGGUGUUUCAACACUGAAGAACGCCAGUGGCAUCUAGUGGUCGGAUUGCCAGCCUUCUUCUGUCGCUGUCUGUUGGUAAUAGGUGAGGGCCGGAGUGGUCAAAUUGGGAGAUCAUUUGUUUAAAAAGGAAAGCAAAUGGCACAAGCAGCUGAGGAGAUGAAACCAGAAAAAUGGCCAGUUCUGUUGAAACCAUUCCUCCUCCUCCUUAUUCUCUGUGAUCUGGUUCUUUCUCAUUCUCUGUACAGUGGUACCUCGGGUUACAUAUGCUUCAGGUUACAUAUGCUUCAAGUUACAGACUCCGCUAACUCAGAAAUAGUACCUCAGGUUAAGAAGUUUGCUUCAGGAUGAGAACAGAAAUCGUGCUGUGGGGGCAGUGGGAGGCCCCAUUAGCUAAAGUGGUGUCUCAGGUUAGGAACAGUUUCAGGUUAAGAAUGAACCUCCAGAAUGAAUAAGUUCUUAACCCGAGGUACCACUGUACUUCUUCACUUGGCAAACAGCUCAGUCCCUAGAUAGUUGCUUUGCAGCAUCCUUCCUUUUGCCUUUAUGUUUUUGCUUCCAUGUGGUGGGGAUAUUAUCCUUAGGCUAGGAGGUACCAUGAGAAAAGAUAAUGUCGAGCAGGAGAACAACACAAACCAGGCAACAGUUGGGCCUUGGGACACUAAAGGGUCAUCCACGCUUUGCACUGUUCUUUCUUAGCACAUACUUUAAAACUCUCACGUCCAAGCACUUUUGUUUUUUUCCCCCAGGCGCAUUUCCCACACAAACCCGCUCUUUACUGCUGAAUUGGAGCAAACAGCAAUUCGUGAACGAGACCUUGGUUCCCCAAGGCCCUGCCAUUGUCACAGCAGGAGACACGACAGAUGGGCUUAUAAGGAAAUGGAGGGGUUUUCAGUGGCCAGAGCAACUUGGUUUGAGGAGGCCAAGUUUAUGCUGUCACGGGGCUGAGGGGAAAUUGACUGUGCCAGAGCCAGGCUGGGGCUGUGGGUUGCCAUUUUUGAAUGAAUUUCAAAUGCCCAGCUCUAUUAACCAAGCCCACUGCUGAUUGAGUGUGGGCAUCAUUCAGAAGAGAACCAUUUUUUAAAUUUCCCCCUCCUCUCUCACAGUUUACCCAUGUCCUCCCUGCCACCCCAUUUCUUAACCGAAAGGAUGAGGUGGCAAUCGUAGGCCUCAGGCUUGAGGUCUCAACUCCAUUGCUGGCACUUGCAGCAGCAUUCAGGCCCUCUGGGAAAUGUAGUUCCUAAGCUUCCUGGUGUCAGUGUGAAGGAUUCACCUUCCUUUGAGUUAAAUAAUGUAUUAUUCCAUUUUGCUGAUGUUGAGUAAUAAUGACUCAGCAUGGACCUGGGGUCCCUUGAGCCACUGGGUAGCUGAGUAAUAAUGACAGUGAACCAGGCUGGUUUUAAGGCCUACACGUCUUCAUCAGCUUGUAUGAGGGAAAAUAAUGUCAAGGAAUCAACCUAGCCAGCUUUCUCCCCUCCAAAUAGCAGCAGCAGCAGCAACAACAGGAGGGUUUAUGCCUGCAACUGAGCCUCCUUGACAAAUAGCUGUGUCAUAUCCUUUCUGGAGCAGCCUUUGACUUUUCGUCAGCUUGGUCCGUGAUGAAAAGCUCUUGCCAUGGACUUAUUGAAGCUGUUGUGGUUCCGCUGCUCUCUGUCCCAUCUCCACCCCAUCCCUCAUUGCCUCCUUCCCUGUCAUGUCUGUUUAGUUUUCUCACAGCAAACAAAAUGUCUCCAGUUCAGUUGGAGAUUCCAGGAACACUGCCAGCGUAUAGCCUUCACCUCCAUAAAAAGAAAAGAAGCGAAAAAAGAAAGAGAGAGAGAGAGAGACAUGGAGGAGGGGGCAAAUUCCUCUCUGUCCUCAAGCUUCUCUUACUCUCUUGUUCUUCCUUUCACCCUCUUUCUCUCUGUCUCUUACUCGUGGAUGUCUGGGUAUUCUGGUGACGUUUAGGGUGCUUUUGAUGGAUUGCGAGGGUGGAGUAGACAUGCUUGGACUUCCCUGCAAAGCCUCCCCUGCUUGCGACCUGCCUCCCAUCUAUUUUUUCCCCUCCCUUCCUAGUGAUAAAUAAGAGACAUGUGUUGCAAUGUCAAGCGGUCCUUCCGAGCAAACCAGGAUGACUGCAGACUAAGAACAGAACAAGGCCCAAAUAUGGGUUUUCGUCUCUUCCUCUAAAAACUAAACAUAUCCCUCAGAGUCCCUUUAUAAGCCAGUACGACUCUCUCUUGCUCUCAUGUUAACAAGUUUUCGCUUCUCUCUCUCUCGCUCCUUCCUCCAGUUCCUCCACAAGCGAUCUCUCCGGCUAUGAGCAUGGCUAUUUAAGAAGAAGUCCUGACCAGUACAGCUCUAGGGGAAGCAUGGAGAGUUUGGACCAUACCCCUGCGGGGUAUACCCAUCACCCCUGCCACCUUUCGCCAGCCAAAUCCACCAAUAGUAUUGACCAGCUUGCCCAUCUCCACAGCAAGAGGGAUUCCGCCUACAGCUCUUUCUCAACCAGCUCCAGCAUUCCCGAAUACCUGGCGCCCACGUUCUGCAAGGAGAGGUCCUAUUCCAUGGAGAACGUCCAUUCCCGGGGCAGACCGCAAGAAGGGGGAAUGAGGCAGGCUGAUAUCAGGUACAUUAAAACUGUCUACAAUGCCCAGCGAGGCGUUUCGGAGGAAUACGAAGUAAAGUCCUCUGCUCUCUCGCCAAGCUGUGAGUCCCAGGCUAAAGGAUACGGCUACAGCAGGUUGCAUGGCUACAGCAAGGGACUACCAACUCGGAGCUCGUCUGACAGCGAUAGCCACUAUAUGAAGGGGCCCCCUAUGCCACCGACCCGUAGUGACAGUUACGCAGCAACCAGGCACCACGAGAGGCCCAGCUCCUGGUCCAGCCUUGAGCACAGGAAGUCCUGUAGGACUCACCCCAAAAGUGCCUGGCCUCACCUAGGCCAGGGCACCCCUCCUCCAGGGCAUCUCCAGAAACCUGCAUUCCUAGAAGGACAGCUCCACACUGUGAUGGAGAAGAGCCCAGAGAGCAGUCCCACCAUGAAGCCCAAACAGGUUUACUCGCAGGCAGCUCAGCCAGGGCAGCCUUUGCUUCCUACUGGUGUUUACCCUGUCCCUUCUCCUGAGCCCCACUUUGCCCAGGUUCCUCACCCUUCCGCAAGCAACAGCGGGAUGCUUUACCCAGCGCUUGCCAAAGAGAGUGGGUACGCACACGCCCCUGUGUCUUCUCCAUCCUCGUACGAAAACGUUGCAGCCUGCAGGCAGCAUGCUGGCUUGGACGAGAACGGAAACCAAAGCCCACCGAACAAGGCUGCCAUCUUCUACCAGCCUGAGUACGCGCCAGGGAAGAAGCAGGAGGUGGAAGACGCAGCUGCAAAGUUCGUCUUGUACAGGAUGCAUCCCGAAGCCUACCCCGCGUCUCCCAGGCAGGAUGAGUCGGCCCCGCCGUAUAUGACCACAGCUUCGAUCCAGGAAAGUGCAAGAAACGCACAGCACUCGAACCACAGCUCUCAGGCACGCCUGCCUCACCCGAGGGAUGCGAUUGACAGCAAAGGCCUCUGCCACUCAAAGGGGUACGGGGCAGGAGAGCAGAAGGAAGAUAAGAACGCAAACCUGCAUCCCACAGCUCAAAACCAGUGGAACCCCAGUAAGGCCAAGCAGCACGCUUUUUCCUCCUUGCAAAACAUCCCGGAGAGCAGCAAGCUGCAGAACAGCUCGGAUCUGAAGGAGGUACCACAGUGCAAGGGCUACUCCGGUGCCAAGUGGCAUUUUGUGAAUUACAGCAGCCAAGCGGAGAAGGGGCAGAUCCCUGGGCACUGGCAGGAUGGCGAGUGGCACAGCUUAGAAGGGUACCAGGACACCAUUCCCAGCGCAGAGCAUUUCCAUGGGGUGGAGCCAAAGUACAAGGAGCCCUCUUCUCCGAUGGCCCCUAAGAUGUCAGACUUAAAUAUUCACCAGCUGGGUUCUAGCAACCUCCAGAACUCUCAGUAUGGGCAACUGGACUCUCGGAAGGCCCGGUGCUCUGUCCUGGAGAAGGUCAGCAAGAUAGAGCAACGUGAACAAGGCGGCCAGUGGCUGCAGAGUGUCAGCCCUAACAGCUUCAGCCAGAAUUUCAGCUCAGGCAAGCCCAACCUCAACCAUGUUGAGGACAUCCGAAAGAGGCGGAACUCUCAAGAGCAUCUUCACUUGCUUGGAGAUCAUAGCCGCCUGGCCAGCGCAAGGAGCUCAGACCCGGCCGCAUAUAUGCAGCGCGCAAGCGAGAGUGGGGCUGGCAGACCAGAGAGGGCUAAUUGGCACGGUGCAGAGCAGCAGAUGGAGGCAGCAAGUGCUGCCGUGGCGAUGCCAGGAUGGCACAGCAUCUAUCAUCAGGCCGGGACCUCUGAAAGCGAGCCACCAAAACCGGCUGGGCAGCUGCCCCAAAGCAGAAGUGCUUUCCAGUUGUCGGAGGAGCGCGAGAGAGAGCUGUUGUGGAAGGGCAGCACCCAGGACUCGAACGGCUUGCAGCUGGACCUCCCCUUUAGCAGGGCUUACAGGAACAGCAUCAAAGAUGCCCAGUCUAAGGUUUUGAGGGCCACCUCCUUCAGCCGCAAGGACCUCAACAUCAGCCCUCAGUGUGGGAAGGAGCCCAGAAGGAGUGUGCAAAGGCCGGCCUCAGCACAUGUUGGGAUGAGGAGCAUGGCUGCGUCUCCCCAUACCCCAAAGGAGAGGCAUAGCAUCACACCGACAGAGACCAAGUUGGAUUAUCCCAACAAAGAGAGCCUUCCUGCGCCUCUGCACGUGGCACGCAUUGGGGGCAGGAGGCGACUGAACCCCGACCAGAAAAAGAAGUCUUACUCUGAGCCGGAGAAGAUGAACGAAGUGGGUGUGUCUGACAGUGAGCUGUCGCCCUUCUCCCACCAGAAGAAAGCCCUCCAGUUUGUUUUCCCAGAGAGCACGGUGGCUGACCGCCGCAAGAUAUUUGAGAGGGAGAACAAGGCGUGCUCCACCAUCAAUCUUUCCAAGCCGGAGCUGAAGCAGCUGCAGCAGAACGCGCUGGCAGAUUACAUUGAACGCAAAACUGGGAAGCGGCCUUCGUCUGCAUCCCAAGACUCCAGCUUCCUGCAGGAGGGCUCUCAGUCCUCUUGCACGCAAACAGGUGCCCAAGAGGGGCAGUCUCUUUCAUCCUCAUCCAGCAUGAAUUCUCUCCAGGACCAGAGUCUUUGCCAUCGCCGGGAGUCCCUGGAGCCGGUCUCUAGAGCGGGGCGUGGCUUUGCCACUCUUCCUCCUGGGCUCACAGGCUGCUUCGAUCCCAGCGGACCUGAGGGCAGGAAGGUGACCAGCCCAAAUCACGGCAGCAGGAGCAGCUCCUUUCCCAGUUGGCUGAAAGCAGACCGGCGUCAGGAUUGCAGAGCUGACCCAGAGCUCACCAAAAGCACCCAGACAGAUCUUGACAUGUGCACCAAGCCAUGCCACGCUAAUGACCAAGUUCUGGAGAAGAGGUCGGCACCCACCAAGAAGCCCGGGAAGUCGGCCUCUGCAGAGGACUUGCUGGAGAGAUCAGAAAACCAGGCAGUUGCCAUCCACAUCCGAUCCAGGUCGUCUCCCUCAGCGGAUAAAAUGUGCCAGGUAUGUAAAAGAUAUGGGACUUCCUUGGUCCAUCUAUUGUUCAUUCCCCCUGGUUAUGCUGGAGCGCAGACACUGUUAGUUCUGCUCAAAGUACUGUGGUCUCAUUGAAAUUAAUGAAAUUAAACCAUAGAGGCAUUAAUUCCAGUGGGUCUACUAUUAGCAUAGCUUAGUGGGUUCAAUCCAUUAUUGCAAAGGUUCUAGUGAGCAGUGGAAUUUGGUGGGUAUAAAAGCCACAAUAACCCCUACAUUCUAUGAGAAUCUUCACACUUGCAUGGAGGUUUCCCUCCCCACCUCUCCAUAGAAUUGUAGAGUUGGAGGGGACCCCAAGGGCCAUCUAGUCCAACCCUUCCUGCAAUACAGGAAUGAGAGGCAAUUGUGAAGAAGCAUUCUUAUUCCACAGCUCUAUUCAUUUACAUGGGACCAGAGAAGGAAAGGUGGGUUGUUCAAUGUUUGGCUGGUAGUAUAUCCUAUCUUUGCUGAAACACGGUGUUUUUUAUUAUUAUUCACAUGCAUCCUGCUUUUCCUUUUGAGGGAAACUGUAUCUCGCAAUGUCCUUCUAUUUACAUAAGGGCAACUUUGGAUGUGUCCCAUUCAUUUUCUCCUCACAGGGCUACCUGGGAAUCUGACCCCGGGUCUCCCCAUUUCAAAGCCAGUGCUAUAAUACCCCGCUACACCGCAAACUGACUGUCAUAUUGUUUUAUUGUUGACAAUGGAAUUUAAAUUGGCUUUGGGCAAACGUUUUUAGUUUUACUCUGCAUCCAGCUGCUGGUGCAAAGCUCUCUUUGGAAGGCUUCUGCCUGCUGAGGAUUUUUAGAGAGACAAAAAACUGGGUUUCUGGAGGGAAUAAACCCCACAAACUCACAAAAACCAUUUCUCCUCUUAUUACCACCACCAGGUAUUUUAUAAGGCAAUCUGGAAAACCAUUUGCUCUGAGAUUUCUCUUUGCAAAGCCCAAGAGCCCUGCCAGAUUGCAAAAUGCUUAGCCUGAGGCCUUUUGCUGUUUUCUUUCUCCUGCUGGCUUCUCUGCGCUCUUGUGCUGGGUGUAUCGGGUUGUCCUGUCAGGCCACCACCAGACCUACCAAGCUUGUGUUUUCAGAACAGGACAGAAUAAACAGCAAAGCAAAAUAGUGAAGGAGGCAAAAUGCUUAAGCAGCUGCGGACCACCAACUUGCUCGUGUGUCCCUGGUUUGUAAGCAAAUGUUCUAGCUGUGCCACGUUAUCUAGCUAACAUCCUUGGUGUCCAUUGUGCAUUUUGGCUCUUUUAAAUUCACUCUGUGGAACUGUGUUGAUGGCGAGAGCCACUGCAGUCCUUACGAGCACAUCCAGCGUGAAGCUGAACUAGCUGGCGUUUUAAGGAGCCAGUGUGGUGUAGUGGUUAGAGUGUCGGACUAGGACCCGGGAGACCAGGGUUCAAGUCCCCGCUUGGCUGUGAAGCUCACUGGGUGACCUUGGGCCUAACCUACCUCACAGGGUUGUUGUGAGGAUUAAAUGAGGAGUGGGAGAACCAUGUAUGCCACUUUGAGCUCCUUGGGAGAAAAAUGUGGAAUAUAAAUGGAAUCCAAUGGAGGUUUUUAAGCAGAGGUUGGAUGGCCAUCUGUCAUGUAUGAGAUUCCUGCAUCGCUUGGGUUCCCCUCUACAAUUCUAUGAUUCUAUAAUUUGCAAGUAUAAUUUAGCCGCCCUGAGCCCGGUUUUUGAAGGGCGGGGUUUAAAUAAAUUAUUAUUAUUAUUAACAAUAAUAAUAUGGGGUUUAACCAUAUAGAUAUUGGAAUAGAGCAACACCACUCUACAUGUUAAUAUCUCAUUUAUUCAUUUAUGGUAUAUCUGACCCAUCUUUCAUCCAGCUGGUCCCAAGGUCAGAAUCCAACGAUAAAACAAGUUAAUAAAAGCAGAAAACAUCCUCAGAUCAACGAGCAACAGCAUUAUAGUUCUCAUCCCAAAGACCUGGAUGAAGAGGUAGCCAACUGAAAAAAAGUCAACAGUGUCAGCCGUAGACACACCAAUGCACUAGAUCAGGGGCGUCCAACAGGUCGAUCGGGAUUGACUGGUCAAUCCUGUGGAGGCUUCGGUCGAUCUUGGUUGAUCUCGGGCUCCUUUUCCUUCCUGCUCAUGAUUGCUAGAACAGGAGACGGAUUUGUCGCUGCGAGGCUGUUUCUUUUCUUGGCAAUCUUUUGGUGAGAGCGACUUCUACUGCCUUUCUCCUUCCCUCUCCCUGAAAAAAAGCUCAACCACUUUGACCUGACCCCCGCAAAGGGGUAGAUCACUGCCAGUUUUUUAUUUUGUGAGUAGAUCGCAGUCUCUUGGGAGUUGGACAUCCAAGGGGGAAGUCAUUCUGGAGAUAGGGUGUCAUUUCAGAGAAGGCUUUUUCUUGUACUACCAUCCCUACCACAUGCUUCACCUACUGGUGGGGCCACAUGUUGGGUAGCUUCUGCAGAGUGUCACCCACUGGCAGGAUGGUAGGGGGUCAGUGUUUGCAAGUCAUUUAGGGCUUACUGCCAGCACCUUGAAUUGCAGAGGCAAAAUGCAUCCCAAGCCACUGGUUCCAAAGACCUGUGAGUCCAUCCUAGCCCCUCUGUCUUGCUGAUUCAGUUUCAGGGUGGUUUUUUUGGAGGGAAGCCAAUGUUUGGUGUAUAUGUGACCAAAGAGGGAGGAACUAAGUUGAAUUGGAGGGUUUGAAAGCCUCUGUGGCCACAGGUUCUCCAAGGCCUGGUCAAUUUCAUAGAAUCAUAGAAUCAUAGAGUUGGAAGAGACCACAAGGGCCGUCGAGUCCAACCCCCUGCCAAGCAGGAAACACCAUCAGAGCACUCCUGACAUAUGGUUGUCAAGCCUCUGCUUAAAGACCUCCAAAGAAGGAGACUCCACCACACUCCUUGGCAGCAAAUUCCACUGUCGAACAGCUCUUACUGUCAGGAAGUUCUUCCUAAUGUUUAGGUGGAAUCUUCUUUCUUGUAGUUUGGAUCCAUUGCUUUUUUAAUUGCAGCCAGCCUGUGGUUUGAAUAUGAAUGUUUUCCUGCAAACCCCAACAUGUUUUUAAUAAGGGGACAAGAGAAGGGGGUGAGGACAGAGAAAGAGUAGCAGUUAAAGCAAAACAGGAUCUUCUCUUUUUUUCCCUUGUUCCCUGUUUCCUUUUUAAAAAAAUCAGGUUUGCCAAAGCCUUUUUAUCUGUUGCAGCAGCAGACGUGCCUCAGCUUUUGGCUUGCUAUAUAUUUUUAAAAGGGAUAUAUACUGUUCCCUGCAGACGGACUAUAAAUUACACUGCAGUGUCACUGAAGGAAUUUGUUUAAAGAUCUGAGGAAAUUGAUAGCUAUGCGGAAUUGCUGGCCCAUCUGUCUUCAACCACACAUUCUCCAUCUUCUUCUGCGUCUCCUCUUUUAGCUUGUCUCAGCCUGCGUGCCGGGUAAAUCUCCGGCUUAUAAAUUUGGUCAAGCACUUUAAACUCCCCACCCUGUCCCAGCUACCGCCUUUGCAUCUAACAACAAAGCAAGGCAAACUUUGGGGUUUUUUUUGGGGGGGGGGGGGACAAUCUUUGGAGUGGAGAAUUAUAGAUUGAGUUGUGAGCUCCUUGAUCUCAAAACAUGCAUCUCUUCACAUCUGGCAACUAUAUUUGUGUGCAAAUUCCCAGGCUCUUUGUCUUGUUCUAGAAUUGGGCUUUUCCUGCUUUAAAAACUAUUCACUAUAUCUUAAUAGGUAAGAACGUAAUUGUCCAGGUGAAUUUAAACUGGCAGCAAAGUCUCCCUGUGUCUUGGAUGUCAGAUGUUUUGGAUUUCAGAGAUGCUGAUUUAGUCCAACAUCCUUCCUGUUCUCAUGGUGGCCAACCAGAUGCCUGUGGAAAGCUCGCAAGCAGGAUCUGAGUGUGACAGCUCUCUCCCCUCCUGCGGUUUCCAGCAGCUAAUAUUCCAUAGAACCAUAGAGUUGGGACACCGAGAGAGCGUCUAGUCCCAACCCCCUGCCAUGCAGGAAUCAUAGCUGUCAACUUCCAGAUUUGAAAAUCAGGGAUCAGCAGCCUCACCUGUCCCGGAGACAGUCUACGGGAUAUCUAACAAUCUGGGAUAGCAGCGGGAAACGGCGCUGAAAUAAGGGAAUUUCCCGCAAAAAAAAGGGAAGGUUGACAGCUAUGGCAGGAAUCUCAACAUGCGGUAAAACGUAAAGUUAAAUACCCCCCAUGGUUAUUUAAUUAUAGAAUGUGGCAUGAUGGGUUGUGUUAGAAGGUGGAAUAUAAAUAUUUGAACAAAUAAAUGCACGUAUUAAUUACCAUCCUAUACUUCUAAAGCAGUAUGUUCAGUUUUCUGUUUGCUUCUCUUUCUCCUCAAGGACAUCCUGAUGGGAGAAAGUAGUGAGUUCAGCCAUUUUGUGAAAGAUCCUUUCUAUGUCGUGGCUGCUGGCACCAGGUAGGUAUUUAUUCUCUCUCUCUCUCUCUCUCUCUCUCUCUCUCUGUGUGUGUGGCACAUACUACCAUAUGACGACAGAGCAGUUUCUGUAAGAAUAAGUAAGGUAAAGGGACCCCUGACCAUUAGGUCCAGUCGUGACCGACUCUGGGGUUGCGGCGCUCAUCUCGCUUUAUUGGCCGAGGGAGCCGGUGUACAGCUUCUGGGUCAUGUGGCCAGCAUGACUAAGCUGCUUCUAGCGAACCAAAGCAGCGCACAGAAACGCCGUUUACCUUCCCGCCAGAGCGGUACCUAUUUAUCUACUUGCACUUUGACGUGCUUUCGAACCGCUAGGUUGCCAGGAGCCGGGACCGAGCAACGGGAGCUCACCCCGUCGCUGGGAUUCGAACCACCGACCUUCUGAUCAGCAAGUCCUAGGCUCUGUGGUUUAACCCACAGCACCUGCGUCCCUUAAGAAUAAGUAAACUACACCAUUAAAAACCACAGCACACAUUGAAACUAAUAGUAAGAUAGUUGUAGCAUCUUAAUAAUAGCAUAAUGAAUGUUCAAUGAAAGGGUUCUGAUCACCUUAUAUUGGGGGGGAGGAAAUGCAUUAAAAAUAGUAGGUGAGCUGCCCCAUAUAUAGCUGAGGGGGGAAAGCUUGCAUACAUCUUCAUCAAGAGAAGCAGGUUUAAAAAAAAAAAAAAUCACAAUUGCCUUUGGUACAAAAACAAAACCCUGUUUCAAGGUGUACUCCGAAGCAGUAAGGGAAUCGAAUAUAUCUGAAAAGAUUAGCAAAGGCACAGAAACUAACCAAAAACUUAUAAAACAAAUUCAAAGGUAUGUUUUCCCUGUGAACUGCAUUCUUGCUCAGAGACAAAAGAUUAUUGGAUUUUCUGUGCCCACUCGUAGCACAAUAUCCACGGUUACUGCUGCUGCCUCCAUGGUUGUUCCAAAGCAGCUCUGGAUAAUGCUUGUAUACCUCCCACCCACACUGCUGGCACACAUCAUGUGGUUAUGUGCCUCAUUGGUGUGAUACGUAACCACACGGCCCUUCUAAACCGUUUGAUGGAAAAUGUUCACAUUAUCAGGAGAGGCGCAGGGGUUACAGUGAAGGAGGUGCAAGCUCGCGAUGUAUUCUGAGUCAGCUGAUACAGACUCUGCUUUCUUUUGAUGCACCACAAAUAGCCUCUUAUCACUUGGAGCAGCCUUUGCCAACCUGGUGCCCACCUGGUGUUUUGAACUAAAACUGCCAUCAGCUCCAGCCCAGUGCUUAUGGAAGCUGUAGUCUGGAGGGCACCAGGUUUGCAAACGCUGAUGUAUGGCUUUGAAAACAAAGAGUUCUAGAGAAGAGUGAUUAACUUGGAAUUGCAACAGCUAAGCCAGCCUUGGCUUCGGUGCCUAGUUUCUAGGAAAGUAUUAUGAAGCCAGAGGAGCCAAGACUUUCCCCCCGUGGGAAUCUAGCAGUUUUCGAAUAGCUUUUAGUGGUCUUUGCGUGAAAGCAACCCUGGCUGUCGUCUCAUCCUUCCCAAUUAAUCAGUGUUUCGAGACUCUUUUUAUGAGUUGGCUUCUGCAUGCAGCUUCUUAAGUAACGAGGCUGACACUUGCAGAGAAACGAGCCAACGGGAGCAGGAUAUGGGCUAUUAAGUAAUAUGCCUUACAGCCAAGCCUGACAUUCCUAAGUGCUUAUUACCGUCUUAAGGUCUUCGGAAUGCUGUUGCUGCAUCAGCAAUGUAUGUGUUACAUUAAGCGCAUUCCUCUGGCGGAAAGCUUUUUUUUUUGCGUUCAGGAAUUGUUUCACAGUUCUCUCCCCCACCCCCGCUCCAAAGAAGGGAACCGGUUGAGUUGGAAAAGCAAUAGUUCACAGCAGACUAGCUAAAUAUGCAAAUGAGCACUGGGCAUUAUUGAAGAUGAGUCAAGGUGGGCCUCGUGAAAAGAAAGCCUAGCUCACGACUCUGCCAGAAUUCUGAAGGUAUCAAUAAGCCAGAGAUAAGUCUUUGCCAUCCGUAAGAAAGUGAAGGUUUGUGGGCUUCCAAGGAAGCCUUUGAUAAAGGCUUUUCAUAAAGCCUUAUGGUAUAAGUUGAAACAUAUUUUCAGGAAGCAACAGCUGGAAGAAAGAGAGAUAGUGAAUGUUAAAGAUAAAGGGACCGCUGACCAUUAGGUCCAGUCGUGACCGACUCUGGGGUUGCGGCGCUCAUCUUGCUUUAUUGACCAAGAGAGCCGGCGUACAGCUUCUGGGUCAUGUGGCCAGCAUGACUAAGCCGCUUCUGGCGAACCAGAGCAGUGCACGGAAACGCCAUUUACCUUCCCGCCAGAGCGGUACCUAUUUAUCUACUUGCACUUUCAUGUGCUUUCGAACUGCUAUGUUGGCAGGAGCAGGGACUGAGCAACGGGAGCUCAUCCCGUUGCGGGAAUUCGAACCGCCGACCUUCUGAUAUGCAAGUCCUAGGCUCUGUGGUUUAACCCACAGCGCCACCCACAUCCCUUCACUUUUCCUUAAAGGUAAAGGGACCCCUGACCAUUAGAUCCAGUCGUGGCUGACUCUGGGGUUGCGGCGCUCAUCUCGCUUUACUGGCCGAGGAGCCGGCAUACAGCUUCUGGUUCAUGUGGCCAGCAUGACAAAGCCGCUUCUGGCGAAACCAGAGCAGCACACAGAAACGCCAUUUACCUUCCUGCCAAAGUGGUACCUAUUUAUCUACUUGCACUUUGACGUGCUUUUGAACUGCUAGGUUGGCAGGAGAUAGUGAAUGUUAGGCUAAAGCAAAAGGAACUACUUCAAGAGAAAGACAAACAGGCGUUAUUAUCUGAAAAAGAAGGGAUAAAAAUAUGCAAUAGGAAUGAAUAUCAGAUAGCAAUCGUGGUGCCAUGUGGAGACUGUGAGGUGUACACACAUUUUUUUUAAAAAGCAAGCAUCCAGUCCUUAACACUGGGGAGAAAAUUGCUUGUAAGCAUAAGGAACAUAGUUAUAGAGGCUCAGAGAUCAGAAGCAGACUAUGUGUUGUUCUUGGCACAGAAGAUUUCUGCUUUUACUUCAUGCACCCAAACCUUCCCCUCCCACACAGCAUGUUUUCAGCCUGCCUCCUCCACGGCCUGUGUUCUUGAUAAAAGAAAUAACACGUUCAGCAAGAACACAGAUAAUUGCAGUAUAAUGAGAAUAUUGGGUGCAUACAAAGGUUCUCCAUUUGUGCAGGUUUUAUUUUCCUUGCUGAAUUUUUGCAGCAUUUGAACUUGGGGUAUUAUUAUUAUUAUUAUUAAUAUUAUUAUUAUUAUUAUUAUUAUUGCAAAAGCCUGGAGCCCGCAUUGAUAUAAAAUUGAUGCAUCAGCUUGAUUGCCUUUUUUUUUUUUUUUUUUGAAAACUCACUAGUUUUAUACCCUGUCCUAGAUCAUUUGGCAGCAAAGAAAGAAGUCAGAAGGAGAAAUCAGCGUUCACACAAUAUCGACCCCACACUCGCCAUAGCAGUGAGAGUGUCGGCAACUCGUUCAUUCCGAAUGAGAGACAGAAAGCUCCGGAUCUCCUCAGACACCUCAGCAGGACCUCAGCAUUUUCCUCACCUUCAGCAGAUACGAAGGGUCAUCAUCCUGAACCUAAGCCAGGCGCCAGGCUUGCUACCCCUUCCAGAUUUGGCUGGUCGCCAUCUAACGGUGCUAACCCCAUGCCAGCUCCCCCAGAUUUCCAAGUUGCCAGUGAAAACCUAGUCACAAGAUGGCACCCCAGACCUGAGAGGGAUGACAUCGUUCAGGGCCAGGUUCCGGAAAGUUCCAACGGCCCACCUAAAGAGCCAGUGGAAGAUAUUACCUGGAGAUGGAAGGCGACGCUGCCUCUAAGGCACCUCCCGCCUACAAUUAAACGGAUCAAAGAUGACGGCCCCUCCAGAAGCGCGAUGCCUUUCCAAACAUCUGGGCAGAAGGCCUUCCAGAGGUGGCAAAGCCUUCCAUCGCAGAACAGCUCCUCUUCUGAGCCAGAGACUCCUUCUGGCCAAAGCAGGCUGUCCCUCCGCAUCUCAGAGUCCUGCCUGCAGGUGUCUCCUCAGGAAGAGGGCGAUGAUGACGUUUUCUUCCAGCCUCGUGUUUUGGAUGCCGCCUAUGAGCUUUCGCCCCCUCCACCGCCACUCCCCGCCCAGAGCCCCAGUGCUGCUGAAAACACCAUGGAAGAAUUCCCUCCUCCUCCUGCUGACAUUCUGGAAGAGAAGGAGCCAGCAGCUGGGAACGCUGCCAGCCUUGGAGAGGAAGGGUCUGCACUCAGGUAAGGCUCUUCCUGAACACCCUUCCCUGCUCUUACUUUGCAAGCAAUCCUUCUUGGCUUGGAAUCAACUUGAUCCCGCUCCCCUCUUUCCUUUCUCCUUCUGUGAUGGAACUCCUACUUGGGGACUUCCUUGUCUUUUUUCUGGCCCACGUAGGACCAGUCUGAAUAGUUGGCCUUGGUGAAGAUUUGACUUUUCAUCCCCAGAAAGUUCUUGAUUUGAGUUUCUUUUGAAAUGAGGCUGCGUUUUAAUGUUGUAUUUUAAUCUUGUUUUUAAGUUGUAUCUUAAGCAAUUGUUUUUAUACCUGGUGUUAGCUGCCCUAAGCCCAGUCUUGGCUGGGGAGGGGUGGGGUAUAAAUAAAAUUUAUUAUUAUUAUAAUAUUUUUUAAAAAUAAUUUUUAUUAAAUUUUCCAUUUUAACAAUCCAAUCAAAUCACAUUGAAUAUUCCAAAUUAUACAAAUACAUAUCAUAUAGUCCAAAUAUUCUGCCAAAUUAUUUUUUAAAAAUGGGACUUCUCAUGCUUCAAGUUCGGUGGGGCUCUGAUCAUCUUAUAUCUCUAGCGCCUUGAGUUUCCAAUAGAAAAUUUAUUAUUAUUGUUGUUGUUAUUCUUCGUGUUUGGUUUCUUGGGAUUCCAGCAACAAUAACUUUAAAGGGUGCAUAGAGCCUCAAUUUUUAUUUGAUCUGUUUGUUCCAAACUAACCAUAUAUUUGCUCCCAAAAGCUUUACAGCUGUUGAGGUCAACUGUUCUUUGAAUAAAAAUUGCCCAGUGCUCACAUAAGUUUUUGAAACCUUGGCAUGUAACCUCUGAUUAUAUUUGACCUCAGUAGAUGUUCAAUGGCAGUUAAUAUCCAGGCAGUAUUUAAUUCUAUUUCAGUCAUUCCCAAACUGGAGGGAACUGCCCCCUUGGUUCCAUAAAUUCGCCCGCAGUGUCCCCAUUGUUCAAAUUAAAAAUAUUUAGUUUAACUAAUUCAACAAAAUUGAUGAACUUCAUCCAUUGAUGCCAGCUUUUCCAAGUCUGAUAGUCAUUUAUAUCCCCUGCUGACCCCUUGCCCCUUAGCACCCUCUGCCUGGUAGAUCCCGGCCCCCCCCCCCCCCGGAACAGUACCACCCACUUUAGGAACCACUGUUCUUUUUUUGAUAGUUGGCAUAUUCGUAUUCAUAGGCAUGCAUUUAAUGACUGGCCAUAUUUGAUGGUUACUGCACAUGACCGAGAGGCUCAAACGAUUUUGUUCUUGCCUUGGGAGAGGGGUGUUGGCACAGAGUUUCAGAAACCCUGGUUUAAAAUAGCUCUUCCCCCUGCUUAUCGGCAGAAACUUCAAAAGGAUUCCUAGGAACUUUGGCGACAGAGAGGAAACGGGACCAAACGCUGCCUCCACUGCCAACGCCAAGAGCAGCCAGGCUGCUUCACCGCCCCCUGCCGGAACCUCAGGGCCCAAAGCGAAUGGCGUCACGCCUUCCUCGCAAGCACAACAGCCGCCUCUGCCCGCUCAGGGGCUGCCUGACGAAGCUCCUGCCAGCCAGCCUCUCGUGCCUGUCAUCACCAGCAGGGAGCCCGAAAACAGUGACCUCAACCCUGAGAGUAACCCAGGGAAGAUGAAGACCCCGGAGGACAUCAAGGAGGAGGCUUUGGCAAAGGAGAUCAUCCACAAGGACAAGUCGCUGGCUGACAUCCUGGACCCCGACUCCAAGAUGAAGACCACCAUGGACUUGAUGGAAGGGAUAUUUCCCAGCGGGGCCAGGCUGCUUCGAGAGAACUCGAAGAGGAAAAUGACGCAGAAAAGGGCCAACAGCUCUGGCAGUGGCUCUGUCCUGCCCAGUGAUAGCAAGUAAGUCCCAUUUUCUUAAGGUUUUUGCACCCCAUAGAGCAGAUAUUUUUUACACUCCACUUACACGAUGGGGCAUGUUUUAAGCUCCAUCUGCCUGUUUAUCAGGCACCCAUCCUGAUAUGUCUGCACAAAAUUUGUGCAGAGGUUUUAUGACGUUACCUGCGCAUUGAACGUUCAUCGCAAGUGUAUUAUUAUUAUUAUUAUUGCAAGGUUAUGCGAUGUCGCCAUCUGGUCCUUGUUAUCUUGCACCUUCCAGUGAAGUUUCCUGUCGUUUCUGUCGGACUUCCCACAUUUAGAAAAUAGUUGGGAUAUUUCACAGAGUAAAAACCACUAGAUGGCAAUGUUGCAUAACCUCCAGGCAAAUAUUGUGCAAGGAAACCAGGAUGAAUGCUCCAUAAACAAGCCCAUCUGGAAGCGCCCCUGGGUGUUAAAAUCUUCCUUCUCUCCAGUUUGCCCAAUGGGGAUGUUUCCCCCAAAGCACGCCCACAGCUGAUGUCAACUGUUACGUCAGAUGGGUGGAGAUGCAGCUGCCAAAGAACGAUCAGAAGCCUUGAAGUGCGUUCCCAGUUGUGCAUUGGCAAGGAAAGCUUGCUGUCAGCACCAGUCAGCUGACCAGUGCUGAGUGUAUUGUGGAGCUCUCUGUCAGGAACAAUCAUAGGGUUCCCUUGACCCAUCAGGACCUCCAUAGGGCAGCUACUGCCUGCCCCAAACAGGCUUUCCGUGAGUUCAAAUAUUCCUUUGCGUCGCUGGCUUAAAUCGAAGUGCAAAUGGGCUGUAUGGAACAUUGAUGUUCUUGUUUGUUGUUGUUUAGUCGUGUCCGACUCUUCGUGACCCUAUGGACCAGAGCACGCCAGGCACUCCUGUCUUCCACUGCCUCCCGCAGUUUGGUCAGACUCAUGUUUGUAGCUUUGAGAACACUGUCCAACCAUCUCGUCCUCUGUCGUCCCCUUCAACAUCAAAAAAACGAAGAUCAUGGCCACUGGGCCUAUCACCUCCUGGCAAAUAGAAGGGGAAGAAAUGGAGGCAGUGAGAGAUUUUACUUUCUUGGGCUCCAUGAUCACUGCAGAUGGUGACAGCAGUCACGAAAUUAAAAUACGCCUGCUCCUUGGGAGAAAGGCGAUGGCAAACCUAGACAGCAUCUUAAAAAGCAGAGACAUCACCUUGCCAACAAAGUCUGUAUAGUUAAAGCCAUGGUUUUCCCAGUAGUGAUGUAUGGAAGUGAGAGCUGGACCAUCAAGAAGGCUGAUCGCCGAAGAAUUGAUGCUUUUGAAUUAUGGUGCUGGAGGAGACUCUUGAGAGUCCCAUGGACUGCAAGAAGAUCAAACCUCUCCAUUCUGAAGGAAAUCAGCCCUGAGUGCUCACUGGAAGGACAGAUCCUGAAGCUGAGGCUCCAAUACUUUGGCCACCUCAUCAGAAGAGAAGACUCCCUGGAGAAGACCCUGAUGUUGGGAAAGAUGGAGGGCACAAGCAGAAGGGGACGACAGAGGACGAGAUGGCUGGACAGUGUUCUCGAAGCUACCAGCAUGAGUUUGACCAAACUGCGGGGGGCAGUGGAAGACAGGAGUGCCUGGCAUGCUCUGGUCCAUGGGGUCAUGAAGAGUCAGACACGACUAAACCACUAAACUACAACAAAUCCAUCCCUGCUGGUUUAAUGCACAGAAGCACACACAGCGCCGGCUUUUCUUUUUGCAAAGCACCCAAAGAGCUAUACCAGACUCCUACCUGCUCCCCUGAAAAGGGACACAGCUUGAUUUUUUCUUGUCUGUGUUAAUGGUGCAAGGGUAGGAUGUCACAUAAUCUCUGCAAGGACUUUCUUUUGAAAGAAAGCACACGAUAUCUAAGAAUCAAUCCAUCCUGCAGCUUGAGAGGAAUGUGCAGAAUGAAUAGCGCCUCUUUCUUCUGGUGGCUCUCGAGUUCAAUUCAGGGAACAGUUAUGAUUUCUCAGAAACUUAUUGGAGUGCAGAAGGAGCGGAGCCUCCGGUCUGGUGGGGCAGGGAGCAAAUUUGGUUCUCCAAGUCACUCUCUCUGGCCCCUGGGACUCUCACGCUCUCGCCAGCCACACACCACCUCUUCCCAGGCCACUGCCUUUAACAAUCCCACUUCACAAUCUCCUGGCGUGCUCUUGCCUCGCUGGAACAUGUCCUUAAACUCUGAUUGGACCUUUUGGUUUCCUGAAGCAAGGCCACUGAGAGGCGUGGCCUGGGAAGGGGUGUGGUCUGGAGGGGGCUGCAUUUGGGCAUUAGAUGCAGACUGUCAGUAGCCCAUGCGCUUCAUUCAGGUGGUCCAUGGCAUGUUGGCAAAGAACACUUGCAAUCGCAGUUCUCCUGAAUUUAAAUGGCAAUGCAAUAAAAUCAUAGCUGUCAAGCGUCCCUUAUUUGGCGGGACAGUCCCUUAUCCCAGCGCCGUGUCCCGCUGCUGUCCCUUAUUGAUGAUGUCCCUUAAAUUUCCCGGGUUUCAAAGGAAGCAGCUCCUCUCCCUCCCUCCUUCCCGGCCAGGGAGGAGGGAGGCUCCAACUGUGUUGCUUGGCUGCGUUGCUCACCCAAUAAGAAGUCUAAGAACGACUGGGGGGGUGGAGCUUGCAUGACUUGUGCUGAUCAAAUCGGCUGCAUUGCCUGGGGACUCGCCUUUGCUCAGCGCUUCCCAGCAGAGAGGGACGGUGGUUUUCCUUGAGGCUUCGUUUGGCUGCUGGCUGGGCUUUCUGCCUUUGGCUCGGAGGGGCUCAGAAGUUGAACAUACCUGUGCUUGGAAAAUCCCUUAUUUUGGCUGCUGAUCCCUUAUUUUCGAGGCUGCUGGUCCCUUAUUUUCAAAUCUGUAAGUUGACAGCUAUGAAUAAAAUUACAUUGUAAGAACCAAAAGAGCAGUAAAAAUAAAAUUACAAAUCAUUCACCACAUAGCACAGCCCAUUGCACACCAGGGAGAAAAAUCAUUAAGUGGUCUGCCAAGACUCUCAGUGAUUUUUAGUGGGAGGGAGCGGUUUAGGCAGUCUUGUGCUACCUGUAUAUGCAUGGAAAUGUUGAUUAAGCAUGAACCAUUUUUAAAAAUAGUUAAACUUGCGCCAUCUGGUGGCAAUCCCCAAUUAAAUUCACUUACUUGUGGGGAAAGUACCAAAGAAGCCAUAGGUUUGGGAUCUCAAAGCAAGGCACGAGGGCAGAGUUCAAAAUUCCUUCUGCAGUUUGUGCAUGCGUGUUUCUUCAUCGGUACAAGAAUGGCAGCCGUGUAUGUCCCAGACUCCUACAUACAUAUCUGUUCUCUGCCGUGGUUUAGGAAAGAUGAGAAAGAAGCUUCUGCCUCAAUGCUGGCCUCGUGCUCAGCUUACUACAACGUAUCAGUACCCAAAGCCGAACUCCUGAACAAAAUCAAGGAUUUGCCAGAGGAAACAGGUGGCGAUGAAGAGCAGGUGGCAAUCAAUGAGAAAAAGGUGAGUUUUGAGCAUCUCUCAGCACAGAAGGAAGCAAGGUCAGCCAUGAUCAUAACCAGAGCUCUGUCAGUCCCAGGGAUCUGUGACUGCACUGUGCAAGGAGCAGAGUUAAACAAGAAUAAUCAUCCUUCUAACCCUUAAGACUAAUUAAUGGCAGUUAUGUUCAUGCACAAAAUCUAAGUGGUUUGUGCUCCUAGUUGAAAUUUGAGUCCCCACCUAUAAGUCCCCACCUAUAAUGAGUAUGGGUUGCUCGUGCGUAAGUUGCCGCCUCUCCAGGCUUUGUUGCCUUGGUAAACCUUUCAGUCUGGGCAGCCCUUCACUUCGUGGCUGCCUCAGUCGCUAGCAGAAUCCGUCAGUGGGCGUUUCUUAAAUCUUUUCCAACAUAAAAGUUGUUUGACACCCAGUCUCCUCCUACUCUCUCUGCGCGGAAGUCUUCUGCGCAGGGUGGGCGUGGGUAGCGGAGGACCCGUGCUCUCCCCGCUGGUGUCCAGUGAAGAGUCCUGGAGCCCUCUCGCCGAUUCCCCCAUCAGCCCCUCCUUAUCCCUGGUGUUGGGCUGAUUAGCUUCCCCAUCUGCGGAGCUGCCUCUCUCCCUGCUGGGCCCUUCUCCAGCAUCAUUUGAGAGCCUCCCCUCCACCUCUAGCUCCGAUGUCAGUUCCCUGACACCACCUUUUGAAACAUAAAAGAUUUCUGAAGAUCUGCGGUCAUCUGUUGAGAACAGAAAUAGUUUAAUCUCUGGCUCAAGUCAGAUAUUUGUAGUAAACCUGCUUCCAUUGGUCAGCUUAAUUCCUUAAUUCAGUGUGUACCUAUGACCUCCUGUUGAUUGGUGCUGUGCAAGCAAAAAGAGUCUGGGUGGCUUUUCAUUUUCAUUUUUAAGAGGUCUCUUAAUUCAGUGACUCCAUGGUGCCAGAAGAAGACAAGGCAUUUUCCCUUUAUUUACACAAAGGCAAGUGAUUCUGUCCCCAGGGCAAAAUUCUCCAACUUGCCUUCUAGUUCUCUAGCAAAAGAAGCCUAUACAGUGGUACCUCGGGUUACAUAUGCUUCAGGUUACAUACGCUUCAGGUUGCAGACUCCGCUAACCCAGAAAUAUUACCUCGGGUUAAGAACUUUGCUUCAGGAUGAAAACAGAAAUUGUGUUCCGGCAGCGCGGCAGCAGCAGGAGGCCCCAUUAGCUAAAGUGGUGCUUCAGGUUAAGAACAGUUUCACGUUAAGAACGGACCUCCGGAACGAAUUAAGUACUUAACCCGAGGUACCACUGUAUUGUACUACUUGAGAACAUCGUUGCACAGCAUCGUUUCUUAGAAGGUCAAACAAUUGUGAAUUGUUUAUCACAAUAGCAUCCAUAAUGGAACCCUUAUUCUUGAUUAGUUUCUUUGUAUACAUAGCUUUUUAAAAUUUUAUUAUUUUCAGUACAGUAUACAUAACUUUUAUUGGCUGGAGGAAUUCAUAAGGAAUGUUCAGACACAUGCUUUAAAACAGGUGUUGGGUGUCCGGGGUUCUCCAGAUGUUGCUGGACUACAACUCCUAUCAUCCUAGUCCUCAUUGACUCGUUGACUGUGGCUGAUGGGAACUGGAGUCCAUUGGAAUAUCUGAAGGGCCACAGCUUCCAAACACCAACUUUUGACGGCUGCCUGACAUAGUAGUAGAGGAUGAUUUUUGCUCAAUUCUGCCCCACCAGGCUGAACUCAUUGAGAGCUUGUCCCACAAGCUGGAGACCCUGAAAGAAGCCAAGGAGAGUCUGCUGGCAGACAUCAAGCUCAACAAUGCCUUGGGAGAGGAAGUCGAAGCUUUAAUCAGUGGCCUAUGCAAGCCCAAUGAGUUUGAAAAAUACAGAAUGUUCAUCGGAGACCUGGAUAAGGUGGUCAAUCUCUUGCUUUCACUCUCAGGACGCCUUGCUCGGGUGGAGAAUGUUCUCAGCAGCCUCAGUGAGGAUGCAGAUAACCAAGAACGGGUAGGUGGAUUCAGAAAACUAGUGCGCACGAGUGGCGCUUCCCUACAGCAGCAUCUUCGGCAAUGAAAGUGGGUUGAAACAGCUCUCCACUAAACCAAGCGCCAUAAGCUCUUGCAUCCAGGGGCAGCACAGGGCAAUUGUCUUGUGAUCCAGACAUGUACAUCCAGCUUCAAGGGCCUUCUGGCGGUUCCCUCCCUGCGAGAAGUGAGGUUACGGCAGUGGUUCUCAACCUGUGGGUCCCCAGAUGUUGGACUACAACUCCCAUCAUCCCUGAGCUCUGGCCUUGCUAGCUAGGGGUGGUGGGAGUUGUAGUUCAAAAACAUCUGGGGACCCACAGGUUGAGAAAGGCUGGGUUACAGGGAACCUGGCAAAGGGCCUUCUCGGUAGUGGUGCUCGCCCUGUGGAACGCUCUCCCAUCCGAUGUCAAGGAGAUAAACAACUAUCAGACGUUUAGAAGACAUCUGAAGGCAGCCCUGUUUAGGGAAGUUUUUAUCGUGUUAUUAAUAUUCUGUUGGGAACCGCCCAGAGUGGCUGGGGAAACCCAGCCAGAUGGGAGGGAUAUAAAUAAAUUUCUUAUUCUUAUUAUUAGCCAGUUCUCUCUCUCUCUCUCUCUCUCUCUCUCUCUCUCUCUCUCUCUCUUUCUUUCUUUCUUUUUGCAAGAUCAGCUCAGGUUGGCUUUAUCUAACACAGGGCGGCCCAACUUUUCAUACCAAGUGGGUUGCAAGAAUACUUAGAACCUGCCGGCCGCACACUGCCUUGUUAUGCGGGGUGAGGGAGCGAGGCCAAAAUGUGAGCCCACACCCCAAUCCUUUCCCUGCCUUCCCAAAGCUGGCUAAGUGAGGCUCUGGGAAGGAAGUGUGAGGACUCUAGGACCCUGUCUGAGCCUGGCACCUCACUUACCUGGCUUGGGGAAGGCAGUGUGACUGCUGCAGGUGUGAGGCAUCAAAUGUUGCUGAGGGCCAGCCACAAAAGGCCUUGAGGGCCACAUGUUAGAUCUAACAUGAUCUAACCCUGAUCUAACACAUUCUUGGGAGAAAAUCUCUCUCUCUCUCUCUCUCUCUCUCUCUCUCUCUCUCUCUCUCACCGCAGCCCUAAUCCCAUUCACUGGGCAGUGAUUUUUUAAUAUAUAAUAAUAAUUUAUUAUUUGUACCCCGCCCAUCUGGCUGGGUUUCCCCAGCCACUCUGGGCGGCUUCCAACAAAGACAAAAAUACAAUAAAAUGUCACACGUUAAAAACUUCCCUGAACAGGGCUGCCUUCAGAUGUCUUCUGAAUGUCAGGUAGUUGUUUAUCUCUUUGACAUCUGAUGGGAGGGUGUUCCACAGGGCGGGCGCCACUACUGAGAAGGCCCUCUGCCUGGUUUCCUGUAGCUUUGCUUCUUGCAAUGAGGGAACCGCCAGAAGGCCCUCGGAGCUGGACCUCAGUGUCCGGGCAGAAUGAUGGGGGUGGAGACGCUCCUUCAGGUAUACUGGGCCGAGGCCAUUUAGGGCUUUAAAGGUCAACACCAACACUUUGAAUUGUGCUCGGAAACUUUUGAAGUCAGUACGGUCCAUUCAGUGCGUCCCCCAUGUGUGGGAUUCUGGAACAGAACCGCAUCUAUUCUUGGAAGCAUGAAAGGAAUAGGUUGCGGACAUUCGUGUGAAUUGCCUCAUGGAGUUUAAUAAGACCUGCUUCUAAGCGGACGUAGUAAGGAAUGCACUGCGACAGUGGGGAAGGGAAUAGAUGGGGGCGAAUUUUAGCUGUGGCGCUAAACCUCUCCCUUUUCCUUCCCUCCCACCCCACGCGGGACAGAGCUCUCUGAACGAGAAGCGAAAGAUGCUGGCUGGCCAGCACGAAGACGCCCGCGAGCUGAAGGAGAACCUGGACCGGCGAGAGCACGUGGUCUUGGACAUCCUAUGCAAUUACCUCUCGGGGGAGCAGCUCCGAGACUACCAGCAUUUCGUGAAGAUGAAAUCCGGGCUGCUCAUAGAACAGCGCGAGCUGGACGACAAGAUCAAGCUAGGGCAGGAACAGCUCAAGUGCCUUCUGGAGAGCCUCCCCACGGACUUCGUGCUUAGCAACAGAAAGGGAGCAGAACCUCCGACAUCCACCGGGACCAGCCGACCUCCAGCGCCAGCACCUUCGCUCUGACCUUUCUAGACGCGGCUGCGUCAAACCUUUUCUUCUCAGAAUUAUUUAAUCAGAAACCUCUUUUAACUUUUUUUAAAAAAAAAGAUUUGAGGGAGGAUUUAAUUAUUAUUUUUUAAUUAACGUUGGGGUGGGGGGGAAUAAAACAGCACGGAAAGAUUUCUUUUUCUUCUUCGUCUUCUCCCGGAGAUCACGACUUAAAUCUGUGUGGAAUACAUUGGAUUCUUGCGGCCAAGCAAGAUGCAGAAGAGACUGGCAGCAGGUUAUAUGAGGGAGGUCGUUAGCUAAUUAUAAAUAAACUCAAGCUGUCCCUGCUGAAGGAGUCUUUGCCCCCCCCUCUGAGCACCUGACGGUCGUUAAAAUAAUGAAGGAUAUACAAUAAUGAAGCCUUAAUUAAAAUAUUAAUGAGAGACCUGCUGUCUUGAACAAUAUCCAUAUUUAUAUUUUUUAAAGGUACGUGAUAGAAUUCUGUAAAGAUUUUGUACAUACGCUAACCAGUUAUCGAUUCUACUUCAACAUGUACGUAGGGGGGAAAUGGUUAAAUAUUUUUUUUUGUACUUCACAUGGGAAAAGAAAAGAGGAACACCCUCGAUCCCACCCACCCCCCAAAAACCCCAUAGUCACACAUCAUAUCUAAAUAAAGGACUAGUAGGAAAAGCUACAGGCCAGGAUCCAAGGAUGCUUGCAUGCAGAAAGAUGUACUUGGUGAAUGUCAGCCCAGACGUUGGAUGUGGGUGCAGUUUGGCAUCUCGUUUUCCCUGGGCAAGGAUCCCCAGUCAGAGUGCAAUGGCUCUGUCCUUUUCCUCCCUCUCCCUUGCAUGGUGGGAUCCAGUGCAAGUCCGUGAGCAGGGUCCCCACCCGUGUACCAUCGAGGCGGUCACUGGAUUGUAUCUUUUUAUCUCUCUCAGUGCCCAGUGAAUGUUGCCAGUAAGUGACCUUUCCACGAGAGCGUUGCACAGCAAAAUCCCGUCUUCCAGAUCUGCAGUGCGAAGCAGCCGCCGUUGGAACAAGCACUUGUGUGAACCAAACAACUCAGGAGUCAACGUGAAACUGAAGCAAAGAGAUACUUCCUCCUUGAGACUCUCUCUUGUGGGAUCUGUGAUAUUAUUAUUUUUUACAAAAAGAAAAACAGUAACAAGAGAAAGCAUGGAACUGCAUGCAGCCUGCAAACUUAUUUGAAUGACUUCUUGAGGUGGUUCAUUGAAUGUCCUUAUUUAUAGAUUGCUUUAAACGGAAACGGAAAUGAAAUCCUUAGCCUUGGUUGUUUCUUUGAAAUGUAGCAGUGCUUUGCUUAAACCCCAUUGGAACUGGCCAUCCCCCAAAAGCCAUCCUUACCCAAAACUGAGGUGGGAAGCACAAAAGUUGCACAGGUAGAGUUGCCCAUCCCACACUCUCUUCAACACUCUCUGCUAAAAGCACUGCCCCUUUGUUUAGAUGGGAGACCUUUUUCAGACCCCAUUCUCUUGUGGGUAACUGGGGGGGUGGGCAGGGGCGAGAGGGUCCAGGUGCAGAAAUGAGUAGAGCAAAAAGUGGGCUACACUCCAGCUAUGCAAAAGUCAGAUUCCAACACACAUCUCUCCCAUCUUCCAAAUAAUCCCAGUUCAAGGAUUAUGCCAGCCAGGCAAAAGCCCUUGUGGAAGACACAGCCAUUGAGGGGCUUACCCUAGUGCAGGCAUAGGCAAACUCGGCCCUCCAGAUGUUUUGAAACUACAAUUCCCAUCAUCCCUGUCCACUAGGGAUGAUGGGAGUUGUAGUCCCGAAACAUCUGGAGGGCCGAAUUUGCCUAUGCCUGCACUAGUGAAUAAGAGGCAAAGACUGAAAAGGAAUCCUUUGGGUCAGAUGGGCCUAGAGGGUGACAAUUGACUCUUGGAGGUUCAACGUCUCUGAUUUUGAUGAAACAGAAGACUGCCUCCAUGUGCUCUGCUCCAUAUCUUUUAAGACUUUACUAAGGCAGAGAGAGGGAAUCCUUCCUGUUUAUGCUGAGUGACCAGUGUUCAGCAAAGACCUGGCUGCUUCCAGAUGCGUUGAGUGGUAGAACUCCAUAGGAUAUCGCCAGAAAUUUAUCUGCUGAUUAAUGCAUUUGCAAGGAGGUUGCAAAGAGGAGACUUUACCCUUUGUGCAUUUGCCGACACACACACACACCCCGGAUCCACCUCACCCCCGGAUUCUUUAGGGGGAAAGAAAGUUUAAAAAAUCAUGGCCGGCAGGUGUGGGUGGGCAAUGUGGCAGGAUAGAGCCAGUCAGCUGCCACCUGCCAACUUCCCCUUGCUAGCUACCCCACUCGUGGUGAGCAUUAUGGUGGAAACACAGAGUUACGGAGCCUGCCUUUCACUCGUAAUGCACAGCGCUGCCCAGAGUUUAAUGACAAGGAACAGGAGUGCUAUUUUUAAGAGCAUUUCUUCCUAUAGGUUUUCAUUUUCGUAGCUCGCCUUAACUAUUGCAGCAUUGCCAGCAAGGUAAACAGCCGGCCUCUCUUUCCAAACAAAGGGAUUUUGUGAUGUUUAAAAGAAAUGCAUGCCUAGCAAGCACACGGGUUUGCUUAAUUGUUGAUGGAAGUGGCCCAAUCUGACUGCCAAAGGUGUCCCAGGGAAUCGGCUGAAAAACAGAGGUGCUGUUGAGACUCUGUUCACCUGCAGCUUGUACGCUAAAGGCCAGUGUGGUUGCUUAGCUUGGGUUAUAAACCAGUUGCGUCACCUUUGAUGUGGCUGGCCAGACUUUGGCUACCUCUGAUUUGAUGCUGCUGCUGCUCCUGCAAUCUGGAAUGCAUCCCCUUCUGUGCCCUCCACAUGUUUCCACGAAGCUGGGAUGGGGAACCUGUGGUCCUGCAGAUGUUGCUGAACACCCAUCAGCCCCAGUCAAGAUGGCUAAUUGUCCAACAACAUCUGGAAGGCUGCAGGACACUUAUCCUUGCACUAAGCUUCAUUAACCUCUUCUGUGGCAGCUUUUUCCGAAUAUGCAAGGCCUGUUCAUUUUCACGGCAACUCUCUAAUGAACAAGUAGGUCUCUUACUCCUCUUCCUUACAAACAUGAGGCAAGGCUGAAAAAAUGGUAAGUUAAACCAGCCAGGGACUCAUCAUACAGAUAGGACUAUUUCUUUAGCCAAGACUGGCUCUUCUCUACUUUGCAAUGCCGGCGCUGUCAUUAGGCAGAAUGAGGUGGGAUGCUGGGAAGCUGCUGUGGCAACCUUCUAGCUGUUCCCUUGUGUUGGAGGACACAGCUGCUUAUUCCACCCUGCCUGUCCUUAGUUCACACGAUCUGGCACGCUGCCUCAGGUGCCGUGGUGGAAGUUGUCUCAUCGCUAGUGUUGAAGCAAGAGUCUGCUGCCACUCUGGUUGGCUUCCGUAUGUGGAAUGGUGGGGAGAGACGAAUACCAUCAUCUCUGCCUAGGGCAAGAUUUGCCCUGCCUUUAUUUGCCCUGCAAGGUGCAUCACUUCCAGAUGUUUCCCAAGGUCUGAAAGUUUUAUACGCUGCCCUGCAGAAGGGCAAGUCUGCCGAAUGCUUAUCACAGUGGUUCUCAACUUGUGGGUCCCCAGAUGUUGUUGCACUACAACUCCCAUCAUCCCUGAGCUCUGGCCUUGCUAGCUAGGGGUGAUGGGAGUUGUAGUCCAACAACAUCUGGGGACCCACAGGUUGAGAAAGGCUGGUUUAUUGUGUGUGUGCGCUGGAUCAGAGCAUAUGUUGCCCGUGGGAAAGCUCCCUAGCCUAACUGUGAAGCCGAAUCUCUUACAGUGGUGAUUUUGUUUUGCCUGUGUGAAAAGCAUUUCUUCCAACAAUCGAGGAGGUAUUUGGUUCAUCUCCAUUCAAUGGGGGUUUGUCCUCUGCUUUGUGCUAUCUGGAUGUUGAUUGGCUCCAAGCAGCUUCUCUGGCUCUGAUCCUUUAUCUUGCCAGAUAAAGUUUGUUCCAAAGAAACCACAUGGAGUGCUUUCCCUUUUGCUCUUUGUAGAGAAGCAAGCACAAAAGUCUAAAAUGCAUCUUUUAGCAGCAACUCGGCCUCAGAGCCAUAGUAUCCUAUUGAGCACUGUGCAGAAUCUCAACCCCUCACAAUUUAGGCUCUGCUGCAGUUCUAAGAAUUGGAAUCAGACCAGUUUUGCAGUGUAGGUGCCUUUUGUAUACUCAAGGCAUAACUUGUAAUACUCUAUGCUUUUGAUAAAUUGCCAUGCUGCUCCGACUAGGAUGUUUCUUGGUUUCAGUAUAAUUGUGCUUAACAACAUCAGUGAAGCUCUGGGAGGAUUUUGGACCAGUAGAACAGGGGUAGCCAACAUGGUGCCCUCCAGAGGUUGCAGGCCAACAACUCCCAUCAUCCAUGACCUUUGGCCUUUGCUGGCAUGUGCUGAUGGGAACUGUAGUCAGAUAUUGUCUGAAGGGCACCACGUUGGCUAAGCCUACCUUAGAGCAGGAGGGAUCUUGGCAUCCUUGCCUUUGGCUUACAUGAUCUGUGGAAAAGUCUUGGUCCUCAUAUCUCCUUAGGCUGUGUUGUAAGGCUCCUGUUUACACUGCAUCCUGUGUGUUUUCCCCAGUGGUUUGGGAAGCGAUAUAUACAAUCCAAAGCUAUCCUGUUCUAUCCUGUCAUUUCUUAUGAAAUACUGUGUUUUGAGACGUUUUCCCCAAACCAGUUUUGAUCCAAAUUGAGAAAACGAAGGACUUGGCUGUGUUUUAAGCUGGUAAGCUGUACAAAGCCGGUAAGUUACAGGAGGUGGAAUAAUGGUGUUGCUAUCACUGAAAGAUGGAGACCCCGUUUCUGGUUAAGUGCUAAGCUGGUUGUCAUAGGGCAUUUCUGGAUGGCAGGUUCAGUAGACCAGCUGGGCUUGCUGCUGGUCCAAAGAGCACAGUUCAACAUGGGAUAGUACAGCACUACCUUGUAUUUCUUGAGGUACCUCCCACCACAAGCUGCCUCCUUUGGUGACGCAGUCUUGAGUGCCGAGUGAGGAAGGCUGGUGUGCCGUUUGAAAAUUUACAGUGUCACCUGAGUGAGGACAAACUCCCAGGGCAAACUCGCAUCAGCUUUGCCAAUGGGCUGCAUCCAACAUUCUCUGUCUGCUAAUGCAAGGGAUCUUGUGCUAGUAGAGGGGUAAGCUUUAAUGUUACACAACUGAGGGAUCCAGUGCAAAAGUUGCAUUAGCAGAAACCCUUCAUGCAACAGGCUGCUCCACUUAUUAUGCAACAAAAGUUACCAGCAACUUGCUUAUGCGUUCUUUUGCCCGACAAUGCUUCACUGGUGCAAAACUUUUCUCCCGUGGAGCACUAUUCCACUAAAUGACUUUAAGGCAGCACUACAUUGAAUACACUCCAAUAUGCCCAUAAUCACUACUAGUCCCUUAAAAAUGUCCUAGCCCACUUGCCUACACGGCUCUCUGUUGGGGUUUUGUGGCAUACAGAGAGCAUAAAGAGAAAACCCACCAACUCAUCAAAUUUAUAUAAGCUUCCCAAGCUGGCGGCCUAGGAAUUAUUCUUGCAUGCCCUCAAGCAAAUGGGCAAGACUGGUUAUUGACAAUAAUGUGGUUUUGGUGGCCUUAAAAAUCUGUGUCUGUUUUGUGCCAGGCAAGGGGACUCCGGUUGUGUGCGUGUGCGGACAAGAUGCCAGGGCUGGGUCAAGACAUUUUGGCAUCUGAGGUGAACCACGAAACGGCACCCCUCUUCCCUGCCAGGGAAGUUGGGUCAAGUGAAGAUCUACAUCAAGAACAAGGGGGAAUGAAGACCUACAUUGGGUUCUGCUGUCCCUGUUGAUUCUGCCACCUGAGGCAGUCACCUCACCCUGCCUCAUGGGUUGACCGGCCCUGCAUAGCACCCUUUUGUUCCUGCUUUGCGUGGGUUGUUGGUUGGUUAAAGAAAAGGGUUUGGUUUGUUUUUGCACUGCCUCAUCUAAAGAUUGUCAUGAUUCUCUGGGUUGUUGUUAAUUUUAUGAAUGAUCAACAUUGGUAAAGAGGAUGGUGAUGUGUACUUGGAAACAAUUAAAGGUUAAUAGUUCACUGUGCAA